GAAAGAAAAAAUUCAUAGAGUGUGUGUAUAACAUAAGCAUUAUUAUCUAACUGCCCUAGAAAGGCAGUUACUUUUAUUUUAAGAAAAAAAGAAAAAAAAAGAAAAAAGUGCUUUCCAAAUAAAAGCCAAUCAGUAAAAAUAAAAAGAAAAUUAAGUAAAACCGGUUAGAAUUCUUUUGCAGAGCUUGCACUUGCGGUGUUAAGUGUUAACUGGAAUCCGUGACCGAAUUAACUAUUUUAAACUCUUUAUACGUACACGAAUUGCAUUGUUAAUAUUUUUAUUUAUUUUUUUUAAUAUUUUGUAACACUCUUUUUUUGUUUUUUUCUGUUGAAAUUAUUGUUAUCUAUUUCGUUGUCAGACAAUUUAGACAAUUGAUAUUGAAGUGAUUAAAGUGUUUUGAAGAAUUGAAAGAAAUUCUUUUUUUUCGGCAUUUGCUGAUAUAUUCAAUGUAAUAUCUUUGUAAGAAAAAAAAAAAAAAAAAAAAACUUUUCUAUUUUUUUCUAUUUUUAACCUAAUUUUCAUGUUGCCGGUAUUGUAUGAGAAAAAUCAAUUUUUGCCGACUAUUAUUGACCCUCCGGAAAGAGGAAUAUGCCGAAUGUAGGCGUACACAUACAAUACUAUUCAAAUAAUUUGUGUGAGAAAUUAGUUCAAGAAUUGAAUUCGUGUUCGAUGAGUAAAGGCGUAAAUAACCGACGACCGACAUGGAUAACCAUCCUGACAAAAAGCAUAGCGAUGACAUACCCUAUGAGUUGGAGGGCAAUCACGGAGGAGGUGUAGGAGACCGGUCAGUGCCGAAACCAGCAGUGCGCAAACGUCGUUUAAGGCAAACAGCUGUUGAACCAAACGACACCUCACCUGACGUUAGUCCAACUAUGGAUAUCGAUGAGACAAAGGCGGCAGAGGAGACGGCAUCAACAGUCACUCGCACUGUUAUAAAAACAAUUAAGAAAACUACUAAGGAAGUUGUGCGCAGCACUUCCAGUUCAACGGAAUAUCUGUUAGAUAGUGGUGCGCCGGCAUGGAAUCGCACUCCUACUUCUACCUCACCGCAUCGUUUACGCGAUAAAGUUGCCAUGUAUGAGAAGGCCUGCUCUUCAGGUGGUGGUAUGAAACGCAGUACUGAGCACAUUGCCGAUGAGCGCACAAGUCGAAGCCACACUCCGCAGCGUAUGUUCGAUUUUGCAGACCUUGAGUCGCAACGUAAAGAUGAAAAUCCUUUUGAAAUGGACGUUUACGAUAUAGAGAAACGUUUGAGACAAGAAAGACAGCGUGGAUUGGCUGAGGCUGAGGGCGCCAAGUUGGCUUUCCAGCAAGUUCAACUCAAAGCUACCCCCCAGGCUAAACCACGCAAAGUCGAAAUUCACGAAGAACAUACGCCAAGCCCUUUCAACGUAACUCUGAAGACAACUAGUAAAAUUUCGCCAGGUGCUGUAAGUGGACGCAUAGAACUCGAUGAACAAUCCAAUAGUCCAUUUAAUGUUACUUUACGCACAACUCAAAGAUAUCGGAGAGCUCCGCCACACUUAGAGGAAAUCUCUAGUAGCCCCUUCAAUGUUACUUUACGUACAACUAAUAGACAUUCUUCCCUUAGUCCAACCAGCCCUAAUAGAAUCGAUCCAAAACUAUCUACAGCGAAAUUCUUGGAAGGUGAGAAAACUGUAAGAGAAAUUCAUGCUGCCGACGGUGUUAAGACGAUUGUUACUUCUUCAAUGACUACCGAUGGACGUUCACAUGUAGAAAAAAUAUUCCGUCAUGGUGAAGGUUAUUUAUCGCCACGCAGUUCGCCGCAUAGAGAAUUUCAUCGCGGUGUAACCCAACAGCGUGUUAUAGAUGUAACUGCUGCAAAUCCUAGAUUUCUUAUCAAGUUAGACGAAACAGAUGAACAAAUAAAAGACCAUAAAGAGUCCAUCGAUAUGACUGAUUAUAUACAACCGGCUGAUAUUGGCAGCGUUGCCCCGGAAACAUCAACUGGUAACAUUGACAUUACUGUAGGUAGCAAACAAUCUUACAACAACAAUAAUUUAAUGUUUGUGGAAGCCAAACACCCAGUAAUGCCAUGGCAAACAGAAACCUAUACCACUACCACCACUGAGAAGACCACCACCCAAAUUAAAACCUUAAAUAGAACACAAAAUGAAAACUCUAUACCCGAGGACAAUGUUAGUUAUACGAAAACUGCUGCAUCGCAAAGUACUAAAUCGCCGGUAAAUCAAAAGUUUGAAACAAACGAGCCGGAUGUGUUAGCUAAGGAAGACAUUAUAGUGAAAAAACAUUACAAACGCGUCGGUUACGAUUGUUGUGCUCUUCACAAAGACACUGCUAGUGGCGGUGGCCCGGUAAAAACAAAAAAGCCUUCGUCCGCCACUAGUGAAGUUACAGACGAUUCAGAUACCGAAGGUACAGCACCAAGUAGUAUAGUAAUUGUGCCGGUCCAAGCUACAGCGUUAAAUGCAAAAGUGAGUGCAAGUGCAAGUGCAAGUGCAAGUGCAAGUGCAAGCCCAACGAAAAUAACUGGACUUAAGCUGGUUAGUGAAUUUGUUACCAGCCCGAGUAGCGGUACUUUAAGCAAAGGUCUGUCAGCGUCUCAGACUCAGCAAGCACAAAGUAUCAACAACGAUUACCAAGAAUUCCAAUCCACAAUGGCAGCGAUUCAAUUCAAUCGCAGUAACUCGCAAUACGACAGUCACAUUAAGGAGAAACGAGAGGAACAAGAACGUGUUCAAAAGAAAACAUUCACUAAUUGGAUUAAUUCAUAUCUUUCGAAGCGUAUUCCACCGCUUCGUGUCGAUGAUUUAAUCAACGAUUUACGUGACGGUACGAAAUUGAUUGCUCUUUUGGAGGUGUUGUCUGGUGAACGUUUACCCGUGGAGAAGGGUCGCGUUUUGAGACGUCCACACUUCCUGAGUAAUGCUAACACUGCCUUACAAUUUUUGGCCAGCAAACGCAUUAAAUUGGUUAACAUAAAUCCGGCAGAUUUGGUGGAUGGAAGACCGCCAGUUGUGCUAGGUUUAAUAUGGACCAUUAUAUUAUAUUUCCAGAUUGAAGAAAAUAGUCGGAAUCUUGAAUACUUGAGUCAGGGUAUUAGCGGUUCGGUUACUUCUCUGGAUAGUGUAGAUAAAGCCUCUGGCGAUGCUAGAGCUGAAAAAUGGAAACAAGGAGCCAGAAAAACAUUAUUAAACUGGGUUACAAACGCUUUGCCAAAAGACAGUGGUGUAGAAAUUCGAGAUUUCGGCGUUAGCUGGAGAGAUGGCGUCGCUUUCUUGGCUCUAAUUGAUGGAAUUAAAGCAAAUCUGGUUAAUUUGGUAGAGCUGCGUAAGACCAAUAAUCGCUAUCGCUUGGAGACUGCCUUUGAUGUCGCGGAAACAAAACUUGGCAUAGCAAAAUUACUUGACGCUGAGGAUGUAGACGUACCUAAGCCGGAUGAGAAGAGCAUCAUGACUUAUGUGGCUCAAUUCUUGCACAAGUACCCUGAACCAAAGGGUGCCAGCAAAGAUUUCUCUCAUAUCAAUCAAGAAUUAGAUGAACUACGUCGCUUUUUAAUAGAGAAAUCAGAUGAAUACGAGCCCAUGGUUAAACUAAACUCAUUUCCUCGAGACUUCUCUGAGUAUUUGAUUGCUCGUUCAGAAAUCGAUGCGCAUAUACCAACGUACAAUCAUUUGAAACAAUUCGUGGACACUCAGAGUGGGUUCUUACAGGUGCCACGUUCGACUUGGGAAGAUAUCAAUAGCUUAUGGCAACAAGUCCAAUAUCAAAUGAUGUAUUGGCUUUGGCUUUUAGAUUCGGAAUUGCCUGGCGAGUUUGGUAUCGUAGGCAAAUGGUUAGCUGAAGCUGAGAAAAUCCUUAUGGAUAAUGAAAUUCCGUCUGCCAUGAAUGAAGAGACUGCUGCUAUUAUAAGUCGUAAACUAGAAGAACAUAAAUUAUUUUUUGCCGAUCUACCAAGAAUUAUGGCCAUGUUUGAUAACGCGAAGCGUACGCAAUUAGCUCAACAAAUUCCUUUAGAACAAUUGCAUAAUAUGGAGAGACGCUUGCAAGAAUUAGGCCCUAAAGCAGCUGAACGUAGAAUACGUUUGAAAUUCUUAGAGCAUAAAUGCUGUUUAAUUGCUUUCUUAAAUCUUGUGGAAAAUAAAAUGAAAGGUUGGACCGGUAAAUACGGCACUCAAGAACGUGUAUCGCAACAGCUGGAACAAUAUAAGAACUUUGUGUCGCGUAAUAAAAUUUUUCAAGAAUUUCAAAAAGCCUUCAUUGAUAUGCAACAAGUAGUUGAAGAGUAUAAACGAGAGGGAAACAUUUUACGCAAAGAGGUGGUCGACAUCGAUCGUUUUAUGUACGACAUUGAAGAAAGAUGGAAACGUGUAUCUAUGGAGUUGAAGUGCUGCCAAAACUCUUUGGAAGAAGUGGUCAAUUGCUGGAAAACUUGGCAUCAAUUGGCUCCGGCAUGCGAACAAUGGUUACACGUAGCAGAACAGAAUAUUAAACGGUCUGAAGACGAGCGCUUAGAAUUUUUCAAAGAUAUUGGUGUAUGGAAAGACAAGUUUGAUGCCCUCGCAAACGCCGCUAAUUAUUUAAUGGCAUCUUGCGAAGAACCGAUAUCGAAAAAUUUGCGUCAACAAUAUGAAAAUUUAUCAGAACGUUUUGAACGUUUGUUCGUUAACACCAAGAAAUACAUGCAUGCUGGCGAUAUUAUACGCGCUCGUCAAGAAUACAAAACGAGCAUUGAGAAGCUUUCGCAAUGGCUGCGUUACGCUGAAACUAUACUCAGCAGAAAAGUAAUACUGGGAAAUGGAGAACAAAUUGAAAAAUAUAGCGAAGAAUUGCAGCACCUAGCCUCGCAAAUCGACGAUAACGAAGAAUUAUUUAAAAAUAUUAGCCGCAACAUCCAAGGUAUGAUUCAAGAUCUAUCACGCGACGAAGUCGAUGAAAUGAUGAAAUGUUUAAAGCAAGAAAAGGAGUCUCUUGUUCGUAUACGCGCUCAAAUACCUGCGAAGCUUCACUUAAUACAUCAACUUUUGAUACAACAAGAAUCUUUGGAAAGCGGAAAAAAAGAAAUUCAUCAAUGGCUAAAUGAGGCCGAAGCCGUACUUAGUAACCAUACCGUGAUCGGUGGCCGUGAGAAAAUCAACGAGGAACUCAAUAAGCACAAAACUUUCUUUUCUCGCAUUGUUUAUUACCGUUCGAUGUUGGAGAGCAAGAACAAGGUCUUUCAAAAUCUCCUAAAAAAUAUCCUUUCGGAUGAAAGUAUUGAUAUCGAGCAGGCGUCUCAAGAGGUUCAACAGCUAAAUGAACGUUUCAAUUAUGUCAUAGACAGCGCCCAACAAUGGGAACAACGUUUAAGUGACGCAAUACGUAAUUGGAAUCGAUUUAACGAGGACGAGCACGUGGUGUCCGAAUGGCUUACACAAGCUGAAGCUAUGCUAAAUGAAAAACAUUUUGAGUCUAAGACGAGCAUCGAGACGCAGAAAUAUUUCUUUGAAAAUGUUAACGAACGUUGGAUGCAGAAUUUGAUUGAAUCUGCUCAUGAUUUACUGAAAAUGUUACCAACUGAAGAGCAAAAAUUGGUAGUCGAACCGAUUGAAGUAUUACAAGGAAGAUGGCAAACGGUUUUAGCUCAAGCACCGUUGCAUUUAAUAAAAUUGGAAUUUCGUUUAGACGAGACUGCUUUCUAUUCAACGCUGCAAGACAUUGAGAAGGAAUUGCAUUUGGAACAACAAGCUCUUAAUCGCAAUGAGGAAGUGGACUCAAUUUUGCAACGCAAUCAGCAAUUCUUUUUGCAACAGAACUAUACCCCACGUAUAGAGAAAUUUCUGCAGAAUAUGCAACGGCUCAAUCAAGUUUAUAAGCAACAAAAGCCUACAGACCUCAGCCUAGAAGAGGCCUAUAAUGAAGCCCGUUCUCAGUGGUCGCACAUUUCGCAUAAAAUUUCAGAAAUGCGUGAGACACUGCAACAGAUUCCAGCACAAUGGGACAGUUAUCGUGAAAAAUUCACCGAAAUGGUCGAAUGGAUGAACAUCGUAGACAAGAGUUUGAAAAAUAUAGUCAACGAAGUAAAUAGUAUGGAAGAAUUUGAGAAAGAAAAAGUAGUUUUCCAGCUUAGGGAAUUAGUGAAAAUAUGUCAAGAAGCCGACAGCAAACGUGAAGAUAUGAAGUGGCUUGUUAAAACUCUAGAUCAUUUAUUAGGCUAUGCUGGCGAAGAUGAAGCCAAUGUGGAGCAAAGGAAAUUGGAAGAUUUGAUUGCUCGCUAUAAAAACCUAAUUCCAACUAUAGAAAUUACUAUGGUGAAAACCGAAGUGUUCUCCAAGUGCUACACCUACCGUCGUGAAGUGCAUGAAGUAGUGAACCUACUAAGUAAAGUUCGUGAGCAGGCAGUCAAUAUACCGGCCCCUGAUAGUUUAGAACGCGUGAACAAGUUAAUCGAAGAGCAACAGUAUGCCAUCAAUCAGCUAGAUCAUCAGCGCCCGCAUAUUAUGUCAAUGCUGCAAAGAGGACGUGAUCUUAGUAAGGACGUUCAUGCACCAUCUUUCGUCCAAGUUGAAGUGAAGAACUUAGAAACUGGCUGGAAUCAAGCGUACACGGAAACUUCCGAAAAAUUACAUGCUCUGAAAGGCACUCAGGCUAUUUGGAAUGAAUUUGCUGAUCAAAAAAGUGAAAUUGUUUCCAUGUUACAUGUAGCCGAAACUGAAUUGCGUGCUCUGACUCCUUUGCAAACGGAUCCCAAAAAUGUCAGCCAAGAUCUUAAAGCUAAACGGGAGCUCAAUGCACAAUUACAGCAAGCCUCCCAUCAGUUGCUUCCGAAGUUACACACUCUCAAAGCUGAAUUAUCGCCCCUGGCAGCUACCGAAAAACGUCCCAUACUUGAAAAGGAAGUAACCGAAGUGGAAAAAAUGUUCUUUAAUACCAUGGAACACGUUAAAGAUCGCGUAAGUUAUUUGGAGGAUUACAGUGGAAAAUGGAAUAACUACAAAGCCCGUUUAGCAGAAUUACAAGAAUGGGCCAACAAAAUAGCUCCCAAAUCAAUUGAAGCCCUUCAUUCAGAAGACCUUACACCGGAAGAACGUAUGGUGAAAGUAAACGUAUUUAAGGGUGUGCUUGCAGAUCGUAUGAAACAACUAGAUGUUUUGGCCGCUGACGCAUCUGAAUUGGCUCCCAAAGAAGGUAACGUUGCCGAGGCCAAACGAUUAAAAGGAGAAAUAAGCAAACUACAGGAAGUUCUUAGUGCCAUUAGUCGCAAUGUGGACCAUCAAGCUCAGGCCGCCCAAGAAGAUCUACUUAGUUGGCAACAGUUCCAGACUGGCUUACAGCAACUUAAACCAAUUGUGGAGGAAUGUGAAAUUAAGGUAAAUACUAUUGUCCCUAAGCCCCUCUCCCUUGAAGAAGCAGUUGCAUUGCAACAAAAUGCCGAACACUUCGAAACGCUUUGCCUAGAGCAGAUUGACAGACUCCAAGGCAUCUCGAACAUUAGCCAUAAAAUGUUAUGUAAAUCCAAUGCCCCUGAUGAAGUAGAUGCCAUGCAUUCGCGUUGGACGGCAGUUUAUGAGAAUGCAAAACAAUCUAGUGGUAGAUUAGAAAAACUUGUAUCCAAUUGGAAAUCGUUCGAAGCGGAAAUCCACAAACUAGAAGAGUGGGUAGAGAAAGGUGAAAAAAUGACUGCGAAGAAACUGAUUGCUUUGAGCACUCCACACAUUGAUAAACUCGAAAAUGAAUUGGUACGUUUGAAAUCGUUCAACAAUGAAAUAUCUGAACAGCAGGCUAGGUUAGUAGCUCUCGGUCAAACCGCUGAUCAAAUCAGUUUGCACUUGGCCAUAGAGGGUGCCGGUACUCUCAAGGACAACAUCAAUGUUCUUAAGAGCAAAUUGCAAAAAUUAUCUGAAACUACGCGAACCAAUAUUAACGAACUCUCAGAUGCCAUUAUUGCGCGUCAAGAUUUUAACGCAAAAAUGGUGAACUUUUCCAACUGGAUGGAUCAACUGCGUAAUCAGGUGGCCCAAGUUGAGGAUGUUAAUCCAGAAAGGGUGGAAAUUAGUUUGCAUGUCAUUCAUGCUUUGAUGCAAGAACAUGCUGAUAAGAAGCCCAGCUUCAAUGCUAUUUAUGAUGAAGUUAAACAACUCUCCCUCUCUGCAUCACCCGAUGAAGCCAUGGCUUUAAACGAAGCUUAUUCCGCAUUAGUGUUAAACUAUCAAAAUAUAGAAACCAAUAUGCAACAGAAAAAGGUGUGCUUAGAAAAAUGGUCUGAGCUUUUAAAUUGGAAACACGAAACCGAAAGUCAUUUGAAUUACUUGAAACAUCAAAUCGAUAAACACGAUGCUCCCGGUUCGCAAGAGCUGAACAAAUUAAUUAUGGAAAUUGAUACAAUCGGUCAAUCUAUGUCGUACUGGAAAAAUCAAGCGAAAGAAAUUGAAGAAAAUCCUGUCGUACAAUUGAAGGAUGCCCUUAGUCGCAGACCUCUUAUAGCUACUCAAAUCGUAAAUGACAUUGAGAAUAAAUUAGAGAAUUUGCAAUUGCGUUCUCAAAACCAAAAGCAUCAAUUGGAACAGAUACAGGUGCGUAAAAAUAAAUUCCAUUCGCUCGAAGGGGAUCUUACUCAAGCUCUGCAAUCGGACCGUUUAAAAUUAACUGAAAUUUUAAAGCGUAAACCAAGUCUGAUAAGCAUAGAUCAAAUUAUUAACGAUUUGUUGUCGCUCAAUGAUGCUCUAAAGCUGCAAGCUGAACUUAAAAAUCGUUUACAUGACGAAGGCGCCCAACUAAUGCGAGAGGACAUUACCAGUAUGCCUGUCAUCCAGGACAGUCUCUUACAUUUAGACAAGGAUUAUGAAUCCUUGCAAAGCGAAAUCGACGAUCGUAUUCAAAAAUAUCAAUUGAUUAAUCAAGCGUUACAUGAAUAUGCCGACAUUAAAAAUAAAUUUUCGCAAGAGCUUCAAAAAGCUACCGAUUUGUACAACGCCAUACCUGGUCAGCCACGUGACGAAAUCAAAUUGCAUCAAGCCGCAGAAAAAACUCGAAAGACCACGGAACAACUACGUAAAGUGAAAACGAUCUUGGAUGAAUUUGAACGUAAGGGUAACUAUGUUGCCAAGCUGUUUAAUGCUAUUGGAGAAGCAGUGCCGCAGGAAAUACCUAAUGAUUUAACCGUCGCUAAACAACAAUGUCACGAUUUACAUGAUAAGACUGUAAAGAAUAUCCAUAUGUACGAGACGGAGGCUGUUUUCUGGUCGCAGAUUGAAGAUGCCAAAAAGGAUUUGAUUCCCUGGCUAUCGGAAACUAAUCAAGGUUUAUGUGAUGCAGCUGAUAACAGUAUCGAAAUUGAAUUCGCGCCUGUACGUUUAACUAAAUACCAUACCGAGUUGCCUUCUUAUCAAGCUCUCAGAGAUACGGUUAUAGAAAAAUCCCAAGAGUUAAUCAGAAUUAAUGAUAACAACGAAAUACCGGCAUUGACUGCCUUGAAUCAACUAUUAAACGAUCAAUUUCGGGAAGUUGAAAAUAACGCGAAUCGUUUGAAUGCUAUUACGACAAUGUUUAAUGAUCAUGAACAAGAAUUGCGUCAGAAAAUUAAAUACGUCGGAGAGAAUGUUAAUAAGUUUAGGGAACAAUUAAUUAAAUGCGAUGAUUUGUCAGGCGAUAAUGCUAAAGUUGUUGAACGUUUGCAGAAGUGUCGCAUUCUUAAUCGUGAACUUUCCAAAACUGGCAACGAUAUCGAUAAUAUUAAGCUAAAAGUCGACGAACUGCGGGCUUUAUAUCCAACCUUCAGUGAAUCGAUAGUUCCAAAAGAAUUGAAUAAUGUACAAAAGCGUUACGAAGGUGUCGAAAUGUCUGCCAAGAAAAUUGAGAACACUUUACUACAGUUCCUUAAAAAGUUCCAUACCGACAAAGUUGGAAUGCUAAAGCGUUUAAUAGCGACGCAGCGCGAGAAAGUAGCUUGGUGUCAGCCGGAAACUUCUAGUGAUAAAUAUAAUUUGGACGUAAAGAAAUCUUCACUGCACGAGGUUAGCAAAGCCUUAGACGACUGUAGGAAACGCCAAGCUGAAGUGCAAAAUACUUUUGAAAUGCUAAAAGCAAUUGACACACCCCAAAAUAUAGCAGAAAUGACGAAAGAUGUUGACUUAUUGAAUGCUGAAAUGAGAGAUCUGGAAAACAGUUUUAAUAAAAUUAAGAAUAUUCUGGAAGAAAAUGUAGAUCUAUGGUCCCAAUAUGAACGAGCUAAUGAAGAAAUCUCAUCGUGGCUGCGCGAUAUUGAAGCCCGAAUUAAGGUUGAGACUAGUAGUCAAGUCAACUUGCAAAAUAUACCUAAAAAAUUGCAGGAAUUGACCCGACUUAAUCAAGAUAUUAAAAACCACGAGCCUGUUAUUACUGAUCUGGAGAAAACUUCGCAUCAAUUGGUUGAAAAAAAUCCUGAAGCUCGAAUAGGACAGUUCGUAAACCAUCUGGUGCAGCGUUAUCAAACUAUAACAAAAAGUUUAGCUGCUUACGUGGAUAAAAUACUUGCUACCGAACAAGCUUAUAACGAUUAUAAUAAGGCUUUAGAGGAAGCCACUGAAUGGCUUUCUGAGUCUAAAAUCGAAUUUCAAGAACUGGCGCGUAUGGGUUCGCCGGGUUCUUCAUCGGCCACCGCUCAGCAAUUGCAAACAAUUAAGAACUAUUUGAACACCUUCGAUAACGGUCAAAAGUUAAUCAACAAUGCCGUAGAUAUUGGCGAAGGCAUCUAUCCAAUUGUUUUGCCGGAGAAUCGAGAGAAAAUCCGAACCGAACUUCGCGGCUUACGGGAAAAAUUCGACUACUUACGUGAUGAAGCCAACGCUUUACUGCAGCAGGUAGAAGCAGUACUUAUACAAAAAACAACAAUUGAGGAAAGUUACACCCAGGUAUCACAUUAUCUUAAUGAAUCUAAGGCUAAAGCGAAAGCAACUGACGAGCUUUAUCCGACGCUAGCUGCGAAAAAGUCAGCUUUGCAAAAUUACAAGAUCCAGCUACAAGAAGCCACUCUGCAUAAAAAUGCUCUCAAGCAAUUGCAGGAAAAAGCAGUGGCCUUGUAUGACGACGAAUCUGAACGAAAAACCGAAGAAUCUAUACAUGAGUACAACGAUCUCUCUAGACAUAUUGCCGAACGCAUUAACGUAGUCAGCGAUCAAGUUGUGAAGCAUGAAGCUUACGAUCAAGUGCUUGAAAAAGCCCAAGAUUGGCUAAAUACCAUCAAAUCUGAAGCCUUUGAUAUAAUAAAUGAAACCACUUUUGAAAAAGAAGGCGCUGAAGAGAAACUUAUUAUUGUUGAAAAUUUAUUGCAACAUAAACCCGAGGGUGACUCAAUAUUCAAUGCAUGCCAUAAACUGCUGCAAACUGUUUUGUAUCAAACUCAUCCAUCUGGGCAUCCGGCGUUGUUAAAGAGUUUCCAAGAACCUAAGAACGCUUGGGAUGAAUUCGUUAUAUUGUGUCAAGACUCUUUAGUUAAGUUAAAACAAUUAUGCUCACGAUGGGACGAAUUCGAAGCUGUGAUCGGUGAAAUUGACAGUUGGAUGAAAAACGUGGAGAGCAACGUUAAAAAUCAAAGUCUUAAAAACACCGCUUCCUCGAAAAGACUUCACUUACAACAAUUGCAGUCCAUUGCUGGUGAUAUUGAAAAGCAUGCAAAAUCUAUUAAUGAUUUAAUGGACCGGUGCCGAGAAAUUGAAGGCGAAACUGAUUUAAAUUUAAAGUUGUCCCGUUUAAAUACACGCUAUCAAACUUUAAAAAAUCUUUGUAAAGAAUCGAUAGCCAAAUAUCAGAUAUAUGCAAAAGAUCACGAAUCAUUCGACCAGGACUAUGAAGCAUUCAAAAAAGACUUGGAAUUGUCCGUAGAAGAGUUGGCACAAUGUAAGGAAGUAGUAGGCGAUCAAAAUAUUUUACAAGAAAGACAGAAUAAAUUACGGGAUUUAUUGGAUAAGCGAAUUAACGAUGGUACCGUUUUCGAGAAUCUUAUUGACCGGGGUGAAAAACUGUAUGGUCACACGAGUCCCGAAGGUCGAGAAAUUAUACGCCAGCAACUACGAAGUUUACGUAGCAUCUGGGACGGUUAUACUGAAGAUUUAAACGCAGCCGCUCAGACAAUCGAUCAAUGCCUACAAUACUUCAACGAAUUUGCUAUUGCCCAAGACCAGCUUACAAAGUGGCUCAAAGACGUUGAUAAAGCUAUGCAAAGCCACACCGAACCGAAGACCACGUUGCAGGAAAAACGAGCCCAAUUGCAAAAUCAUAAAAUGUUACAUCAAGAAAUUACCACUCAUAAUGUUUUGGUGGAUAAUGUAUGUGAAAAGGCUCAAAUUUUAAUAGACAAACUUAACGAUAACUCUUUGAAUAUAUAUCUGCAAUCCAUUAAACAAUUGUAUAACGGGAUUGUACAAAAAUCGGCUCAGAUACUCGAAAACUUGCAAGAUUGUGUCGACCAACAUGCUGAGCUUAAUAAUAAAAUCAUUUCAGCCAAAUCAUGGAUGUCGGGCGAAAAAGAAAAGCUGUUAGAAUGCGAUGACGCUUAUGGCGAAAAAACUGAUAUUAAACGCAAAAUUGAAACAUUAAAUAAUUUAGCUCAGAAUAAACCGCAAGCUUUGACAUUGAUCUCCAGCAUACGGAAUCAAUACGAUAAGAUCGAGCCAGCUACUUCUCAGAAAGGCAAUGAUGUCCUCAAGAAGGAAAUAUCUGAGCUAGAAAUCACAAUGAAAAGUCAUUUCGAUGAUAUUGAAGGCAUAGAGAGCAAACAGAAAGAAGUUCUUCAACAAUGGAAUAAUUUCGAAAAUAAGUUGGAAGAUCUAACCAAAUGGUGUCGAACGGCUGAGGCAAUUUUUCGUGAACAGCAAUUACAAUCUACAUUACAUGAGAAAGUUGAAGAGCUGGAAAAGUAUAAGAUACAACGCGAUCUUAUACUGCAGAAGGAGAAAGAAGUUGAUGCCUUCGCAGAUGCCGCUCACAUUUUGCUAAACAAUUGUGGGGCUGAUCGCUUAAAGAAUUUAACUGCUCAGUUUACGAAUCGUUAUCAGCUGCUGCAAGUCCUUAGUAAAGAGGUUGUUAAUCGCUGGACAAAUUUGGUUGACGACCACCAAAUGUACCAGGAUAAAUACAAUGAAGUCGACUUGUGGUUGCAGCCGAUUGAGAAGCAACUGCAGCAAACUACGCAAGAAGAUACGACGCAAAUUUCAAAUAUUUUGCAAGUGCUACUCGCUGAGAGAGAACACGCUGACAGCAUGUUUGCCGCUCUUAAUGCGGCAGGUGAAAAAGCUUUGCCUGAAACUUCAACACAGGGCCGUGAAAAGUUGCGUAAGGAAAUGCGUGAUAUACGCGACCGUUGGGAUAAAUUAGAUGAAGGCAUACGGAAUUUGCAAAAGCGACAAGAGGCACAAAGUCUUCAACUCACUAACUAUCAUGAAAUUCUUGGUCAAGUUCUGAAUUGGUUAGAUCAGGCAGAAAAGGGAGUGGAAAAUGAAAAUCCUGCCAGUUGGACAAAUGCUCAAGAUACACGUUCAAAGAUGUACAAAUUCAAAGCAAUUUCUCAGGACAUCAAUUCUCAUAAGCGUAUUGUCGAAGCAGUAAACGAGAAGGCUUCUAUUUUAUGCGGCAGUGCUUCGCCAGCUAAUGCCACUGAAAUCCAAAAGUCUGUGGAUGACAUCAACAAACGCUAUAACCAAGUUGCCACGGCUUGCAAUAAUUUACUGCGUCAAUUGGAAGAGGCUUUUGAAGUCUAUCAACAGUUUAGUGAAUUACAAAAGUCUCAACAGGAUUAUCAAAAGAAUCUAUGGGAUCGUCUCACUGGAUAUUCUGAUUAUUCCGGUAAUAAACCUGCAUUACAAGCUCGCCUUAAUAAGGUCAUCGAAAUUCAAAAUUCAAUGCCUGAAAGCAUGCAUAAACUUCAAGCUUUAUCCGAUCAUAUUGAUCAGAAUGCGAAACUAUUACCGGCACGUUCAAAAGAGACCAUGGCACGAGAUUUGAGUAAUUUGUAUGCCGACUAUGAAAAGUUCUCGGCUGCUCUCAGUGAUGUUAAAAGUGGUUUAGAGAAUCGUUUGCAGCAGUGGAGUGACUAUGAAGUUAAUCUGGAUCAAUUGAUUGCUUGGCUGGGUGAAACUGAAAACGCUUUGAAAAACUAUAAUCUUAAAGGUACUUUAGAGGAAAAGGAAGACCAGUUAAAUCGUUUCCAAACUUUAGUUCACAAUUUGCGUCAGAGAGAAAUGGAAUUUGAAAAAUUGAAAGAUGAAUCGUCGGAACUCAUACAGAGUUCGGGUGAGACUCGCAUAUCCGUUAAUGUGCAACAGGUUACGUCACGCUUUCAAUCUAUACAAGCUACCAUCAAAGAAAUUAUGAAGAAAUGUGAACAAUCUGUACACGACCAUGUCCAAUUUAAUGAGAAAUACAAACAAUGUUCAGAUUGGUUUGCAAACGCUCAAGCAAAAUACGAUAACACGUUAGAUCUUUCCACAGUCGCCACUCGUGAAGAUCUCUUAAAAAAACAACUAGCUGUACAAGAAUUGUUAGCGCAACAAAGCAAUGCAGCUUUAUUGUUAAACAACACAAUUGAACUCGGUGAGAAAUGUUAUGCCUCCUCUGCGUCUGAAGGACGGGAGGCUAUACGCUUGCAAUUGGAAGAAUUGCAGAAAGCCUUCGAUCAACUCUUCGAUAAUCUUAACAGCCAUGCCCGGAAAAUUCAGGACAAAAUGUCAAAGUGGUCAGGUUUUGACGAAAUUGCUGAAAAGUUAAAAAGUUGGUUAAUUGAACUGGAAAGAGCUCUCCCCGCCGAAAUCGAAUUGAAAACAACUCUGGAUGAGAAACGUGGUAAAUUGUUGACCUACCGUGACGCUCUUAAUGAUAUAAAUAAUCAUAAAGCUGAAAUUGGAAAUUUGCAAGAAAUUGCCGGAAAUUUGCCAGAAAAGACAGAGCAUGUCGAUGAAGCAACAAAACAGAUCGUUGAGAAAUAUGAGAAAUUAAAAAAGAGAGCAGAGAACUAUGUGCGUAGCUAUGAGGAAUUUGUCAGCGCUCAUCAGCAGUAUUGCAAGGCAGUUAUGGAUACCCAAGAGUUUAUUGAGUCGACCCACGACACAAUUGACUACUGGGGCAAUUUGGAUUUGGAACAAGUCUCUUUGCACACAAAUUUAGAUCGUUUAAGAAAUCUUAAAUCUACCCUCGCCGAUGAAUUUCCGCGUGUUGAUCAAGUACGUGUCUUGGGCGAAAAAGUAAUCCCAGGUACAGUAGCUUCUGGCCAAAUCAAUAUCAAGACUCAAAUUGGUAAUACGCAGCAAGAAUGGGAAGGCUUAAUUACUGCCCUUAAUUCAGCAGUUGAAGGAAUUGAAACCCGUUUACAAAAUUGGGCAGACUAUGAACAACUGCGCGAUAACUGUUUGGAUUGGAUACGCGAAGCCGACAAUAAAUUACAUUCCAUUGAUUUGAAACCAAAUUUGGCCGAAAAAAAGAUUCAAUUAGAAGAACUGAAAACUUUACAAGGCGAAGUAAGAGCUAAAGAGCUAGAAGUUGACAAUGUUUCGGAGAAGGCACAACUUUUAAUGAAAGGUCCGUCUGGCUUACGCACUUCUGGCCCCGAACUGAUAACUAAAUACCAGCAGCUAUUCCAUAAAGUUAAAGAGCUUAAUAGCCGCUGGCAACAGUAUGUUGCUACCCAUCAAGAAUUUGAAAAUUCUAUCUCGGAAUGCACUGCUUGGAUAAGUAGCAUUAAAGAGAAGUUAGAAUAUUGUGCAGAUACAAGUUCAAUGGGUCAAAAAGAGCUGGACAAGAAGAUGAACAUUAUUCACGAUGUAAUCUUACUUAAAGAUGAAGGUUCCGCAAAAGUUCAAGGAGUUGUAGAAUUGGCUCAAAACGUCUUAGCUAAUACUGCUCCUAUUGGCCACGAUGCUGUUAAUAAACAAUUGACUAAUUUGCAAGACUUAUGGUCGUCCAUUGCUCUGCGUAUAGUAGAUGUCAAGUCUCUAUUGGAUGACUCUAUAACUCAGUGGUCAGGCUUCCUGGAACAAGUACAAAACGUCAGUAAAUUUAAUGAUUGGUUGGAGUCGACAUUAAAGGAAUUGUCUGAACAUCAAACCUCGAUGACAGAAAAACGAGCACAAUUGGAUCGCGUUAGAACGACUGAAGAAAAAGUACGUAUGGAGAAAAUCGAUGUAGAUGCUCUCAAAUCACAGGCCAAGGAAAUUGUAGUAACCGGUCAACAAAGUCAAACGGCAUUUCAAGCUCAAAAGGUGUUCGAAAGAUUCGACGAAUUGGCGACCAGAUCUCAAAAAUUGUUAUCACAAAGGCAAGAUCAGUACCGCGAUCAUCGUUUAUACAAAGAAGCAUAUGAUGACCUACUCAGUUGGAUAAGCCGGGCCCGAGAGAAAUUCCCUUCACUCAAGCAAGGCAGUCUUAGUGACAAGUUAGCCAUUGAAAGUGCAGUUCAAGCCACGGAAAACAUGCUUAAUAAGCAGGCCCAAGGCGAAUUGUUAGUUGAACAUUUAGUUCAUACAGGGGAAGUGGUUUUGGCUAGCACAUCUCCUCAAGGUCAGGAGAUUAUUCGGAACGACAUACGUUCUUUGCGUGACAGUUUCGAAGGAUUAUUCCGAGAUAUCAAUCAGCAAAAGGAAAAUUUGGAAGCUACUAUGCAACAAUGGCGAGCUUAUAAAGAGGAGUACGAACGCUUGAUAGAAUGGUUACAACAAAUCGAUAUUUUAGUCAAGAAUCACAAGCUGAACUUACAACCAAAUUUAGCAGAAAAGGAAAAACAAGUCACAGAUAUGCGGGAUAUAAUGUCGCGUUUGGAAAAAGGAAAAGACGAUAUCGAUAGAUUUAAUAAUUCUGCAGCUGGCCUCUUAAAAUCACAUCUGGACACCUAUGUUAGCAAUCAACUGCGCCAUUUGAAUUCUAUGUACCAAGUUCAAGUAAAUUUAGCGAAAGAUGUUUUGAAGAAAGUUGAAACUAACCGCGAUCAACAUCGGGAAUACAAAAGUAACAUGGAAGCAGCAAAAAGUUGGAUUAACCACGCCAAAGAUGUUAUCCGGGAAUGCAGUGAAGCGUCGAGCGCUAGAUCGAAAGAUGUUUUGGAAGAACGUUUAGAGAAAGUGCAAGAACUUCUACGUAAUCGGGAAUUUGGUCAAAACCUCGUGCACACCGCUAUCAACAAUGGCGAAAAGGUCGUCCGUAAUACUCGCUCAGAUGGUCGUGAACCUAUAAAUAAUGAAAUGAAAGAGCUUCAAAACGAUUGGGAACGCUUGGUUAAAAAAUUGUCUACAGCUAAGGUGCAAUUGGAAACCAAUCUAUUGCAAUGGGCCGACUACAGUUCGAGUUAUUCUCAAUUGCAACAAUGGAUAUUAGAUAAAGAAGCCAAAUUGCAACAAGUAAGUGAACCAAAGGUUGUCAAGUCUAAAAGAAAUCAACAAGGACUCAGCAGUGGUUUAAGUGAACGCAAGGCUAAUUUACGCCAAACCAAUAAUAUAGUUCAAGAUAUUGUAUCAUUUGAACCUAUGAUCCAAUCGGUUACAUCCAAAGCUUCCGAUUUGCAACAGGGAGCCCCCGCUUCGGAGAUUUCCAGUAAAUACCAGACUUUAACUAAACAAGCCCAGGAUAUAUAUGAAAAGCAAAAGAACACGAUCGAUCAAUAUCAAGCUUUCAUUGAUUCCGGCAAUGAUUUUGCAACUUGGUUACGCAAUGCCAAGGAACGUUUAAGCAAAUGUUCAGAACCUACUGGUGACAAACAAGCCUUAGCUGAGAAAACUCACCAACUGAAAAUCUUACAAGGUGAGGUACCUCAAGGGCAAAAGAAAUUAGAAGCAGCCUUAACCCAAGCUGAAAUAGCUUGUCGUAAUGCUGAACCUGAAGAUUGCGAAAUCAUUGAGCAAGAGGUAGCAUUAUUGCAAGAAGAAUUCGAUACUUAUGUGGAAAAUUUGCAAAAAACUAAAGUCUAUCUUGAAGUAGGUAUAGUUAAAUGGUCCGAUUAUCAAGAUCAGUAUUCGGAAGCUUUAGAUUGGCUUACUAAGACUGAAACUUUGGUGCAAUCUUACAAUAAAUUGCAAGAGAGCUUAGCUCAAAAGAAAAUAGUUUUAGAAGAAUUCCAAGGCCAUUUGCAAACUCUAUUCGAUUGGCAAAAAACAUUGGAUCAUUUGAAUAUGAAAGCGCAAAUGUUGUUGGAAACGUGCUCGGAUACACGGAUCAGUAAUGCUGUCAUGCAGCUUACUACUAAGUACAACGCUUUAUUAACUCUCGCUAAGGAAGUAAUGCGUCGCCUGGAAAUGCAUUAUCAGGAACACCAACAACAUAACACUCUUUACCAAGAAUGUCAAUCGUGGAUUGAACAGACUCGCGAGAAAUUAACGCAAUGCGAAAUCAUACCCGGAACUUUAAAUGAGGUCCAGAUAAAGUUAAAUACUGUUAAGAAUUUGCGUCAAGGUUUUGAGUCCGGACAAAAUAAAUUACGGUAUUUACUUGAGCUGAAGGAAAAAGUUAUUAUUAACACUGAGCAAACGGGGGCUGCAAAAAUUCAGGAAGACACAGAAAGUUUAAAACAAGAUUAUGAUAAUUUACUGAUACGAAUCAACGAUGUACGACAAAAAUUAAUGAAUCGUCUGUCUCAUCUCGAGGAAAUUUAUAAAUUAUAUAAAGGUUUAGAAGAAUGGUUGGAAGAGAUUAGACCAAGCUUGAAAACAUCGGGAGAAUUUUUGAAUGAUUUAAGCGAAAAGCGAGCUGCGUUAGAGAAGUUUAGAUCCAUACAGCGAGAUUUUAACAGCCAUAAUGACAUUGUAGAGAAAAUUAGCAAAAGUCUGAAAAACGACGAUGGUUUGGAUAACAAAGAUUUCCAGAAAGGCUUAAACGAAUUCGAAGAACUGCAGAUGAGAACGAAUGAAAUUAUUGAAUCCCUCGAAAAUCAUGUUAAUAAUCAUGAUAAAUACAAGCAAGCUCUACUAGAAAUUCAAGAUUGGCUUCGUAAAGCAAGAAAUGAAAUUGAAUUGUGUUCCGAUUGUCAUGGCGAGCAGCAGCAUGUUGAGGAUCGCCUUAACAAAUUGGGAGAAAUUGAUGAAUCCAUGGUAGAGGGUAAAUCUUUCUUGGAUGCCUGUAAAGAACUAGGACAAGCUGUAAUAGCUACAAGCGGCAAUGAGGGCCAAGACGCGGUAACGCAAGAAAUUAAACAUUUAAUCACCGAAUGGGAAGCUAUACAAGCUAUGUCACGCGAUGCCCGUUAUAAUUUGGAAUUAUGCCUAACUUCGUGGAAUACUUUCCAGGAAAAAAUCAACAAAAUUAACGUUUUAAUUGAAGAGUUCAACAAGCGCCUCGCACGAGCCAAUGAAACCGAAAAUAAGACACCUGAGGAUUUGAUAAAUGCUACGAAACUACUACAGGAAGUCGUUGCGGAAAAAGAGAACGUUGAAGAACUUAAUGACACUUGCGAAUUGUUGAUGGAGCGCAGCGCUUGUUCGCGAGUACGCGAUCAAACUGUAGACACACAAGCAAAAUACACCAAGUUAUUGACUAACACUCAGGGUCUUGUUGCCAGAAUCGAGAAGAAUUUAUCGGAUCACACCGAGUUCUUAAAUUAUAAGAACGAGAUGGACGCUUGGAUACUGAAAGCUCAGGAAAUUUUGGAUGGCUGCAACGGUAAAGGUGACAUGCAAAGCAUUACCCAGCAAAUUGAAACAAUUAAUGCAUUGUCAUCUCGUUUGCCGGAAGGUCAGCAUCUUUUAGGCAUAGUACAAGAUACUUAUAAUAGGGCGUCCAAUGUAUUGCCGGAAGAUAAGCAAGAAAAAUUACGUGAGAUGAUGACCAAAGUACGCGAAAGUUGGGAUGCUUUAGGUUUAGCGGUUAAGCAGAAAUUAAACGAUUUAAAGCAAAAUCAAAACCGUUGGGCAGAGUAUUUACACAAUAAGGACAAAUUAGAAAAUUGGCUGACUGAAAUGGAAGAGACUUUGAAAUUUAAACCAAAUACCAAAGGCGAGCUAAGCGAAAUGAAAACGCAAUUAGAGCGCUACAAAGUCCAUCAAAAUGAUAUAAAGCUUAAAGGAUCUGAUAUGGAGCAUCUUUGCAGUGAGGCCAAGAAUUUAAACGCUGACAUGGAUGAAGUUCAAAACUUGCAGGAACUUUGGGGUAAAGUCAAGAACGAUUGCAAUGCUUUAGUCAAUCGAUUCGAAGAUGAAGUAAAUGAGUACAAUGCAUACCACCAAACUCUGCAGGAUGUGGAAAAAUGGUUGCUGCAAAUUUCCUUUCAACUGAUGGCUCACAAUUCCUUAUUAAUAGCGAAUCGUCAGCAAACUCAAGAACAAAUUAAACAGCACGAAGCAUUACUUGAUGAGAUACAGAAAUAUCAGACUAAUAUUGAUGAUCUUAACGCUAAGGGUCAAUGUCGGAUCAAACGUUAUGAGACCAGUGCUCCUGCCGUGCGCUUAACUGUUGAGACUCAAUUGAAAAACAUACAGGAUAGUUACAGUUCUCUGCUGCAGACUUCAGUACAAAUACGUAAUCGUUUGCAAGAAUCUUUGGCUAAAUUCCAAGAGUAUGAAGAUACUUUGGAAAGUAUAAUGCGCAAUUUGCAAGAAUAUGAGCCCAUAAUAAAAACCGAAUUAGACACUCAACCUAAUAACUUGGAAAUGGCGCAAAAACAAUUAAAGUGCGCGCAAAACAUGCAAAACAAACUGAAUUUUGAAAAAUCUCGUUUAGCUAUUGCCGUUCAAGCUUGCGAGGCGGCCACUGCUUCGAUUAGCAGACCUAGUUCCCCUUUGGAAACGGCCAUGCAAGUUAUUCCAGAACGUGAAUUGAUGGUGCGUUCGGAGCUGGAAGAUCUUUUAGAUCAGAAACCCAAUAAAAGAACUCAAAACUCAACCACUGACGCUAAUUUUGACGAUGAUGUUGAGCUUAAUGCAGUUACUGAUUAUUUAUUGGAUGCUGUAGCUAAUGAACGUUUAAAAAAACUAAAAAAUGUUUACUCAAACCGUGAACUUGUGCAAAAGCUAUGUACUCUUAAAACCAAGGUUCAAUCCCACUUGAGUGGAUUGAUUGCUUCGGUUGGAGAAUUAGAGCAACAGCAAAAACAACGCGCCGAAUUAGCUGAUUGGAUUUCGAAACAGCAAGUAAUCGUUUCCGACUGGAUGAUGCGACCAUGCAAGUUACGCCCGGAAGCGGCAAAACAAGAGUUAAUGGCUAUGGACGAUCUAUUAAAUGCCGUCGGAGAUAAGCGUUCUCAUUUAAUGCUUGAUUUGACGGGUUCACUGGCGGAUGACGAAAACGACCUGAUUGGCAAGAUUGAUAAACUUGAAACUCAAUUGAUGGACGCCAUAGCCAAAAAGAAGGCUGGUCAAAACAUUAUUGAUAGCUACCGUCAGAGUGCUCAAGAUAUGAACAAUUGGUUUGAUUCUCUAAUCAAGCGCAUGGAUGUUUUAGAUAAGGGCUCCGGCUUAAAUUGCGCUCAAAAAAUGACGGCUAUUACCGAAGUUAAGAAAGAAUACGAAGAGCAAGGUCCUCAAAAACUGCAAGAUUUAAAAAGUAAAGCCGCUCAAGUAGCCGAGAUUAUUAGCAAUUUAGAUGGUCAACAAGUAAAAGAACAGAUGAAGUCCUACGAUCGCCGGUAUUUGGAUUUGGGCAAAAGACUCGAUCGCAAAGCUCAACUCCUGGAUGUUACUAACAAAUGCGUGGAGGCGAUAAAAGCUGAGACUGAUCAACUUCAGAAUUGGGUGAAAGAGACUCUAAAAAGUCUUCAAACACCAGCUCUAUUGGGUUAUGAACCAAAAUCCGGCGAGGCAAGGCAACACACAAUUAAGAGUAUAAUGAAAGAGGCCGAAAGUAAACAAUCUCUAACUGAUGCUUUAGAAAAACGGAUUGCAAAUAUGCAAUCGGAAUUGGAGCCAGCAGAAUAUGCUCAAUUAGGAUCUGCGUUACGCAAUCUGAAUACAGAACAGAAGAAUCUUUCUGCCGCUCUUAAAUUAGAAAUGGAAAAAGCAUUAGAAGCUACCAGAUUACGUAAGAUUUUCGAAAAUGAUUUAGAGAAAGCUCGUAAUUGGUUAAAAGCUAAAAUAUCAAAAGUUAGACAAUUGCCCGGUUAUCAUCCUUUGACUGCUUUGGAAGUGGAAAACAAGCUACAAGAGAAUAAACGUUUCGAUGACGAGGCUAAACAAUUUAAUGAUACCGUUUUAAGCGACUUGCAACGUCAGGCGGUUAACAUAAUGAAAGAUUGCCCUGAAACUGAGAAAGCAUCAUUACAGAAGAUUCUCGACGAAAUUGAAGCUGACUAUAAAAUUCUCAAAGAUGAAUGCGGCAAUAGAGCUAAAACUCUGGGAGAUCUAUUGCAGGGACGAAAGGCUUUUGAAAAGUCAAUGAAACAAAUGACUGAUUGGUUAAAUGAAAUGGAGACAGCCACCGAAGGAGAUUUGCGUACAUCGAAUUUGCCAGUUUUGGAAGAACAGCUUGCGCACUAUCACAAGCUAUUAAAGAAGGCAGAAAAUAUGGACGACCUUUUAAAUGAUAUCAACGAACAAGGCAAAGGCGUGUCGCCUUCAUUAAGCAAUCCCGACAAACUUAAACUAAAUGAUGACAUCAAGAGCAUGAAAGAUCGCUUUGGCAAAGUUAAGCAAACUUUGAAUAACCGCGUCAAUACUUUGGGAGACCAUAUUAAAAAAUACAAAGAUGCAAAGUCGAAAUUGGCCGAAUUUAUGGAAUUUUUAAAUCGUAUACAACAACGCCUAAGAGAAUUGAAUAAGCCCAUUGGAGCCAAGAUUGAAGAUGUCCAAGAACUCCUAAGAGCCUACGAAGGCAUUUUAAAGGAACUGAAAGAUAGUAAACACAGCAUGGGUGAUAUGGAAGUAGAUGAUUUACCUGAAUUGCAAAGUAUUCUGUCGCAACAAGACGACAUGAUCAAACUAAUCGAAGAUCAAUUGGCUCAUUUGAGACAAUUAUUGUUGUUGCGCGAACAAUUCAUUGCAUUGAUUAAUGAAAUCAUAGCAUUUAUUAUGAAAUAUACUGACGUACUAGUAGACAUCGAAAAUGCUCCCGAUAGUUUGGAGGAGAAAAUUAAUAAAUACGAUGAUGUCAUAGUAAAAAUACAAGAAUGUGAAGGACUUUUAGCUUCGGCUAACGAUAAAGGACAAAAAAUUGCAUCUGAAGGUACAGCAGCAGAUAAGAAUAGCAUAACCGAACAAUUGCAAUCGCUUAAAAAUCAAUUGGGUAACUUGAGAAAGGCGGUUGAACAGCAAAGACAAAGGCAUCAAAUACAACUUGAACAUCACAAAAAAAUGGCAACUGACCUAAUGGAAAUACUAGAUUGGUUGCAUAACACUGAAGGAGUGAUCAAAUCACGGCCUUUGCUGGAUCGCGAUCCCGAUUCAGUAGAGCACGAAUUGCAAAAGCAUCACAAACUUUGCGGCGAAACUCAAGAAUACUUAGAUAAAUUCAAUAAAAUCAAUGGAAGCGUUAAAUCAGAGAUGGGUAUGCCAGGUGCUUUACUGGAAAUGCUUUCCGAAGGACGUUCUUUGGUGUCAUCCUUGCCGCCUGAAAUGACUGAGCGUGAAAAGUAUAUGAUCAACAAUCGUGAUUCCCGUUUGGCUUAUAUGAAACUAGUAGCGGAGUUCAAUGCUUGGUUACACGAAGCCGAAGAUCGUUUGCAAUGCGGUCAGCAUGGUAUAGAUUACGAACAUUUAAUGCGUGAUUUAGAAGAACACAAACUUUUCUUUGGCAAUGAAGCACUAAUGCGAAGUCUAGUUCAUAAACAAAUACAAGAGGCAGCCGAUAAAAUUUGGCCAUCUCUUAACAAUUAUGAACAGACCGAAUUAUCUGGAGAAUUAGCACAAUUUCAGACGAAACUUACUAAUGUCUUGGCGCGAGCUAAAACUCAACAAGCCGACCUGGAACGAGAGCACGAACGUUUUCGUGAAUAUCAACAGUCAAUGGAACGUGUUAAGACGACAAUUGAAUUAACUAAAUUCCCUGAUGAAUCGGUAAAUAACUUGGCUGGUCUACAUUUCAAUAUACAAAAGCUGACACAUGCCAUGGGAAAUGUUAUGAGCCAAACCAGUGACAUUAGUCUGGUUAAUCAACAGGCUCAGGCUUUGAUACGAGAAGCUGAUGCUCGCAAUCGUCAGCUAAUCGAACAGGAUAACGCACAAUUGAAUCGUUUAUGGCAAGAUCUUAUUAAGAAUUUGGAACAGCGCCUUGACAAAUUACAAACGAUCGCUGAUAAGUGGGAUAGUUUCGAAAAUCGUCUACUCGCUUGGGAGAAGGCUCUGUCACGUUUAUCGGAUAAAUUCCGAAAUGUUGAUCCGGUGGUAAGAUCACGACGUCAUUUGGAAGAGACAAAGCAUGUUAUUCAGGAGGUACUUAACGAGUCUGAAGAACUUAAAUCAUCACAUAAAGAUAUUGAGGCGCUCUCAAAAUCAAUCGUCACAUUCCUUGGGGAAGUUCACCAACCCUCGGCGGAGGCCAUACAGGCCAAAUUGGAUAACUUAGUGCAACAACAAUCCAAAUUAAACGACUCUUUGCACGAUAAGGAUCUUCAGGUUAACCGUGAUUUAGAGGAAAUCGAAACCAUUUUCCGCAGUAUAUCUAGCUUGCAGGAUAAAUUUAAUGCUCUUUUAGAAGAGAUACAAGCAGUGCAUGCUUUCGAGCCAAAUAUCACUAAAACCGAAAACGAAUUGGAGAAAUUGAUUCGAGAAAGUAAAGCAACCGUUGAUGAAAGUAAUCAUUUAAUAAAUAAGACCAAGGAAACGUAUCUUAGCAAACAGAAUCUAAUACCUAGCGAUAUUGCGCAGGAAUUUACAGCUCUUGAACUUUUAUCGGAACGCGUACAAAGCAAUAUGGAAACGAAACAAAAGGAAUUCAAACGUGCCAAAACGGUACGUACGGAUUAUUUAGCCGGCGUCGAUGAGAUACAACGUUGGUUAAUGCAGGCCGAGGUAGAGGUACAAGAUCGUUCCUUGGCACCAGCUCAAAUGAAAGAGCUUUUGCAACGCAUUAAUCAUGAGAUAAGUGGUAUAUAUGAACGUUUCACGUUGGUUAAAACGAAUGGACAAUUAAUUAUCGAUAAUUGCCGUAAUAAUGAAGAAAAGAUUUUAGUGCAAAAUACGGUCGAACAAUUAGGUCAACAGUUGGCUCAAGUACGUUCAUGGUUGGACGAGAAGAAACAACAAGUAGGUGAUAGUUUAGAUGCCUGGACACGUUUUAUGAACUUGUAUCAAAUUGUGAUGAGCUGGGCAGCAGAGAAACAGGCUUUUAUUGAUCAAAAUAUUGUAUUGAGAACAUUACCAGAGGCACGUAAUAAGUCCACAGAUUAUCAGGCGGCUGUGAAGAGUAUUAAACCGAUUGUCAAGCAUUUGAGCGAAAUGGAUAAGGAAUUAGAACACAUUAGUCAGGUAACUACAGUAGGCGAUCUCAAGGAAAAAUUAGAAGAAGCCGAAGAGGCAAAAGUCACUGUGGAAGCGGUAUUACUGCAAAGGAAUGCACUACUAUUGGAAGCUUGUGAGGAAUGGGAUCAAUGCGAGCGUAAAAUUAAAGAGAUUCGCAAUUGGAUAGAGAAGACGAAACAAUCAUUGGAGUCAACGCAGCAUAAAAAGAAGCCACUACGUGAUCAAUUGGGUUACUGCGAAAAAACAACGGCGGACAUCAACGUGCAGAAGACCAAACUAAGUUUGUCUAUAGAAAAACUGGAGGUUCACUUUAAAAAUGGUAUGGGAGGUGAUCCACGUUUAAGCGAAAAUGUCGAUGAAUUGCUAACCAUUCUGGAUAGUUUAGCGGAUAUGGUAAAGGAAAAAUGUUCAAAUCUUGAAGAGACCCUUAAUCAAAUCGACAUUUAUCAAAAACAAAUGCAAACCUUACGACAAAAAAUAAUACAAGAAGAGCAACAAUUACGUCUUGUACUGGCACCCACCUAUUUACCGCAUGAUCGUGAUCGUGCUUUAGCCGAACAGCAGGCUCUGCGUUCUUCGAUCGAUGAGAUGCAACAAAGCUACGACGUGAUAGCUGCUUUAUCCUAUACCUUGGAUCCACAUUCAGUGGUCACUACUUCAUCGGCUGUCUCAAUGAUGUUGAAGCCUUCAAUGUUGGGCUUAACCUAUGCCGAAGUUUUAUCCGGCAAUACCAGUCCUGAAAUACAUGUAAAGCCCAAAAAGUUGAUGACACAAAAUUAUGAUGAUAAACCGUUAGAAUUGACUUUGACUCAAGCGGCCACCAUUUCACAGGGCAUUGAUGGUCAAAAUGUUAGACCUAAGCGAAAAGAUUCAAAAGAAGAAUUAAGCGAGUUACAUAGUGCACAUAGGGUCGUUAGCACUACCACUCAUCAGACUCCAGAGUCUGUGGUUACACUAGAAAAUAACCAAGAAUCUGUUGUCACAUUUAAAAAAGAAAGUCUUGGCAGUUAUGAAGAUAUUCCUAACACAGCGCCGUCGUCAGUUGUAACACAAGACAUCCUUAUAAAAGAGCGUAAAGAAAAACACAUGAACGUUCCAAAAGAACAAAAAAGGGGACGCUCCCCUAGACGUAAGGCACAGCAUCCGCAUGUUGAAAAUGUGACCGCGGCUAUUGUUGAAGAUAUUCCAGAUCAAAUUGUUGCACGAUCACCAACAAGUAAUAAAACAUUAUACUUGUCUGCAACUAGUGCCAUUACCGAUAGAACAAGAUCUCAAUCUCCAAUAUGGGUCCCUGGUUCCACCUCUUAUGCCGAAGUUCUUCGUGGCAUUGAAUUGGAAAGAUUAAGACAGCAAAAUCUGCAAACAGCAAAUGAAGUUAUCCUAGUACCACAAGCGGCGCUGGCGCCAAAAUUGGUACAUAGCCAUAUGACGAACAAAGCGAGUAAAUUCUAUUCAAAUGUUCAAUCAGAGGCUUCAGCAUCAAUAGUAUCGUAUCCGUCGGACUCUCCUACGCCGGUAUAUGAACAACAUGUUAGCCCUACGUCUAGUUCCGCAUAUAUUAGAUCUUAUAAAAAUGACACUCCCAUGACAGCCGAAGAAAUACAAGCAACAUAUUUGCAACCAGACCCUCAGCUUUAUCAGAGUAUGUACGAAAAUUUAGCCGAUAGCGGUCAAUGGAGUUAUGUCACGCAAACUACAACACCAGCUGUUGUGCAAUCUACGCAGGCAAAUAAUUUUUAUGAACAAAUGAUGCAGGUUCAAUAUACGCAAGGCACUGCUUUACAAAACCAACCAACAUAUACUGCUGGUUACCAAUAUCAGUCAAAUGCUCCGCAAUAUCAAAUGAUAACUGGUUAUUAUCAGGCUAUUCCUGCUCAAGCGCAAACACAAAUCUAUGCACCUGCUGAGUCUACGCCUAUGUAUUACAGUCCAGAAACAUCGCAGACCUACAACCAGCAGUACCAAGACGAAACAAAUGUAAACCUUUACGAAGAUGAAGAUACUACUGAAAAAUCUCAACGAGCAAAUAUUCAAACCGUUUAUGAGGUCAGUGCAGGUUCUAGUGAAAAGUCUUUAGAUAUGACAACGACCGUAUUAGCAACUAGUGCCCCAUCAACACCUUCUCUGGUGCAGCAAAUCCAGGAUCAGACUGAAUCUAUGACGUUGUAUGAGCCUCAAGAAAUUGCAGUGGAAGAACCUGUAACGGAUAUAACAUUUGGUCAGUUCGAUGUCAAUGAAAUUGAAAGCAUACCGGUUGAAAACUCACCAAUACAUUGUGAAAAUGAUGUUCUUGAUACUUAUGAAACGACAUCUGAAAGAGACAAAGAAGACGACAAUAAUUUAUACCUGCAAGAAGAAACGAUAUGUGUGGGCGAAAGUGUAGAACAAGCUCAAAUUACUGAACAGAAAGAAGGCCAGAUUGCCGGUAGUACAUAUGCCGAAGUCUUGUUUGGCUUGAAGAAUGAUAAACAUUUCCAGCCAUCCAGUCAAAAGAUACACGUAAACGUUACCACUUCAUCCCCCUUAAAUCACAAGAUCAAAAUUGAAACGAUUUCAUCAACGACCGCAAUAACGACUAGUAAUAAACAGCGAUUCAAGUCUCCCGCUACUGAGCACCACAAAACAGUUUCGCGCAGAGACGACCAAAUAAAGUCAUCUAGAUCGCAGACCGGAGACAAACGAAAACCCAUAAGAGAGGAAAAGGUUGCUUUUGAACAGCAAAAAGAUUCAAUUGUUUAUGGAGAGACCUCAGUGGAAUCACAUACUCCAAUAUUGUCCGCUGCGGAAACAAUUGAUAAGCAGCCAGCCACGAAAAUCAAGCAGACUAAAGCAAAGAAAUCAAAAAAGGCAAAGGAUCCCCUGGAGAGAAAUUGUCUUGAAGAUUUUCUAAAUAAUGAGAAACAAUUUUCAAGCGCCUCAUUUACAAAAUCUGAUAAAAAAUUCGAAAAGAAAGAGAAGAAAGAACUAAGAAAACGCAAAUCAAGCGAAGCAAUUGAAGAUAAUCCUUUAAAGAAAUUAGAAAAAACUGAUGAAAUUGAAGGAAAAAUUUACCAGGAGGAAACACUAGCAACAACUACAUUGAAAAAAGACAAAAAAGAUAAGAAAAAGACGCAAAACGAAGAAAGUACUUCUCCAGUAAUAAAAUCUAUUAAAGAAGAGCAGAAUGCUUUCGUACCUGAUCUUGACCAAACUGGUGGUGACACAUUGAAAGCAGAAAAUUCAUCUAAAAGAUCCAAGAGCAAAGCCAAGCAAAAAAUACGUUCCAAGCCCAGCAAUGAGAGCACAGAAAAAUUAUUAGCUACUGAUGAAAUAAUUCCACAACGUAUUGUGCUUGAAGAAUUGAAAAAAGUAAGAGAUGGUGAAGAUAAUACCGCUUCUUUGUCUGGCGAAAAGACAAACGAAUUGUUAAUUGGAAACGAAAAAUCAAAGAAACGCUCUUUGAAGGAUAAAUCUACCGACAAUACUUUAGUCGCCCUUGAUCAACAACAUAACGAGGCUAAGACUGAUUUACUUCAUUUUAUUGAAGUGGAAAAGCCAACGGUGAAAACAAUUCUGAACAAAAAAGAAAAAGUUAAGUCAAAAAAGAUGGUCGGUGGUGACGUAGCGAAGUCAGUAGAGAAUGACGUCAAGAAAGUUAAGAGAAAAGCUAAGCAAAAAAUGGAUGCCGCGCUCACCAGGGAGGUGGAGGAAGAAAUUAUAAUUGUUGAAAGAACGAAUCCUGCAAUAUCUUCGAAUGAAGUUCCUGAAAUAGUGGCCUCCCGUCAAAAUUUUGAAAAUGAAUGGCUUUCUUAUCUCGAUGGAAACGAUAGGACAGAGCAGGAAAUAAUGAUUAGUGAAAUAUCUGAAGACUUAGACGCCAAGAAUGACUUUAAAAAUGUACAGGCUUCUUUGUGUGAGGGAAUUAUUUUAGGUGAGAGUGAGAAAACAGCGAAUGUAAUACAGGAAGAUGAAAGGACCACCAGAAGGUUGAGCCAAGAAAGUCCGAAGAAAAGUUUCUCACCUCCUUUAGGUAAACCGCCUAAACAUUCUUCAGUCGCUUCUAUCUUCGCUGAAGUAACAGAAAAUUUACGUGAGCCCAUAGGAAAAGUAAAAGAUAUAUAUGUUUCACGUGAGCGAAAGCUGACAGAUCAGGUGAGCGAGUCCAAGACUUUUGAACCAGCCAAAGAUCAUCUAAUUACCACGGAAAUAAGGAGAGUUCCCUUUGAUGAGUCCAAUCAACUGCAAAAUCAACUAUUUGCAGCACCGUUAGCAGAGUUUGCAAGCACACCAACUGUCUUACAAACACAUGAUGGGGAAGAUCUUGGUACAAUUGUAUACGAAGAAAUACUGAUUAUAACAUGCACCAAAAUCUUGGAAAAAGUCGUGACUUUCGGUUCUAUACUUAACACAAUUACUAAAACUUCUACCGUUACCAGAAGAACAGUAAAAAGUUUCAUUAACGGUAGCGAGCAAAUUUUGGAUGAAAGCGUUGAUGAAAGCGCUCCUCAUGAAUAUGUUACCACUGAAAAACUAGAUUCUACCGCACAUCCAGGUGGUAUUAUAACGAAAACGGUAACAACUACUACAAGAAGAACGAUUAAACGCAGAACAGAGAGUGGCAAAGAAAUAACAGAAGUAUUCAUAAACGAGGAACCUCAAGCUAUUACCGAUUUCAACAAGGAAAUAACAUGUGAGACUCGCCAAGAACAAAUGAAACCAGCACAGAGAGAAUUCGAAGACUCAGUCAAAGGAAGUGCUUCGACAGAUACGCAACAGGAAGCGAAGCGGAAUGAAAAAUUAUUUGACGAAGAAACUACAGAAAGUAUUAAAAAACAUAUUGCUCCAAAAUCUCUAUCAGAAGAGUCCCCAGAAUUGAACAAACAGCUGGAUGAAAUAUUCUCCGAUUCGAAUUUUGUUAAAGUCAAAACUUCUCGCACCCUUGAAAUAAUGCCCAAUUGUACUGCUGAACUCGUUACAGGCGACAAGGAUGACGGAGUAAUUGAGGAAUUAGCUGCUUUAGAAUCUCAAGUCGCUCAAAAAUUAAACCAAUCUAUCGACCCUAGUGAAGCUAAUAGUGCUACCCUACAAGUAUUACGUGGUGGUACAAUUUCUCGAACUCUAACAACUUUAACGAAACGUCUACUGAUUCGCGUCAAUGAACGCGGAGAAGAAGUCAUUGAAGAAAUAAUAGAUGAUGAACCGCAAAUUGUGCAAGAUAUAACAGAACUACCAAGCGAGACAACACUUGUACACCCAGGUGACUUUGAUGCGAAUUUAACGUCUUCCCAAGUCAUUCGUGGUGCUACCAUUACUCGUACCUUGACGACCACAACUAAACAUAUUACUAAGCGUAUUAAUGAAAAAGGCGAAGAAGUAGUGGAAGAAGUAUACGCCGAUGAACCGUUGGUUCAGGAACAAGUAGACCAAGUACCCAUGGAGACUAGUGAAUUUUAUUCCACUCCACUAAAUAAUGCUGAUUUGAAUACAACUUCCCGAAUUAUACAGGGAGGUACUAUAACUCGAACUUUGACCACCACUACGAAACAUGUUGUCAAGUACAUAGAUGAAGAUGGACAAGAAAUCGUUGAAGAAAUAGGCGCCGAUGAACCUGUUAUUAGCCAAGAAAUCACUAUAUUGCCUUCCAUCUCACAAAUUAGUUCAGAGAAAGAGGCUGAAACUUCUGCUGUAGAAUUGGGACGAAGAGGUGCCAUAACGAAGACUUUAACAACAAUAACCAAGCGUAUAGUAAAGCGCAUUAACGAACAAGGAGAAGAAAUUAUUGAAGAAGUUGUAGGCGAAAAACCUGUCACCACUCAAGAAGUUACAGCGGUGCCUGUGGAAGCAGAAGUCUCUGAUAAAGCUUUGAGUGAAAGCGGCAUAACUAAAACCGUAACUACUAUUACUAAACGCAUUAUGAAACGCAGCGACGGAAAGGGCGAUAUUGAUGAAGCAACCGGUGAGCAAACUGAAUGCGUCGAGGAACCCGAUAAAUUAUAUUACUGUCCACUGCAACCUUACGAUGAUGUCAAGGAAGAAGACUCUCAUCAAACCGAAUAUACCAAAGAACCAACUUCAUUUGAAAAUAAUGACGAACUGCUUAAGUCGCCACCUGUGGAAAAAAUUACAGAGCCCCUGACUGUAACAAGUGCAACCAUGUCAAGUCCAACGAAGGAAGUGAACGAUGGUGAAGUAGUUAAAACAACCACUAUUAAAACUACAAAGGUAGUGAAGAAAAUCACGCAAGAUGAAAAAUCGGAUAAUGAAAAGGAAUUAAAAGCAAUCGAAGAUCCAAUUGCUUUAGAGGUAUCGAAAGAAGUAAGUGACGACAUUGCUUCGCAACGUCAAUUAGAAAUCCCAUCGAAAGAUGAAGAUAUAUCUCUACAAGAGCGUAUUGCUCAAUUGCCCGAGAAACAUGUCAAUGAGCCUAUAGGAGAAAGUGUUUUGAAAAAGGCCAUAAUACGCACUACCAAAAUUGUUAAGAAGAUAAGUCAAAAAAGCGACAGCGCAAUAGUUUCUGCUGCGCAAGCUCCGCCAAACCUUCACGCGGUUAGCUCAGCUGACACGGCAAUGGAAGAUAGAGAAUCUGAAAAUGAUAGUAAGGAGACAGGUGUGGUCAAAACUACAACUGUACGCACUACCAAAAUUGUUAAGCGAAAACCUCAGAUUAGCGAAAUUGCAGAAGACACAGCCGUUGGCUAUACAGAUAAUAUUAUAAUGGAUCAAGAACCGUCAUCUGCAAUUACUGAAGAGCCCAAAGAAGUAGUUUCCAUGGCCAAUCAAGUAGACGGGACUAUUAUGAAGACAACCACUAUACGUACCAUGAAAAUAGUUAAAAAGGUUCCGCAAGAUGACGACGUUAUUCCGGAAGAAACAAAUAAGCUGAUACCGGUGCCAAGUAUAGCAACGCAACAAACGUUCACUAACGAACCAGAAACUAACACAAAAUCUACUAUAGAACCAUCACUUCCUAUUGAAGGUAGUAAUUUGAAGGGUGUAGAAUUGACAAAUGUAGAAGGUACUUUAACGAAGUCUGAUCUAGAAACUAUGACAACCACUUCUUUGACAAAUACCAAAACCGUUCAAAAUCAAGAAAAUAUAGAACAAGAACAUAACAUGAAUUAUCGUAGCAUCUGUCAAUCUGGACCGUUGCACAAAAUAGAGCUUAUUACACAUAAAGAAAAAUUCAAGACACCCGUUGUCAAAAUACAUUUAGAAUUUCCCGAAGUAAGUCUACAAGUAACGGAAACCAUUACAAAGAGUUUGAAGACCCCUGAGAGAAUCAGCAGUACGGUUGAGCAGGCAUUAGAAAAUGAGCAAAAAACAGAACUCGGUAUUAAUAAUCGUGAAGAAAUUAUUGAGAACUUAGAGGAAGCAACAGUCGAAAGGAAAUCUGUAGAAAAUGCUAGAGAAAUUGAAAAUGAAGUUUUGAGUACAAGCGAUAUGACACCUGAGGACCAAGAAUUGUUUGAAGAAAUUCAAAGAAAAUUAAGUAAGAAGGAUAAAAAGAAACGUCCCGCUAUACCGGAAGAAUUCCUUAAAGUCGAAUCUUAUAAAGAAUCUUUAUCAAAGUCACCAUUACCUUUUGUCCAAACAACAAACAAUUUAAUCGCUGAAAUGCAAAGUGUUGAAAGGACGAUUGCUACACCUUCACCUUCUAUAACAAAAUCAGGUCCCCAAAACCAAGAAGAAGAGCAAGUUGACACUCGUAUUCUUACUAAUGAAAUUGUUAAUACUAAGCAAAUUGAGCCUGUUAAAUUUUCGGAUGUCAUGGUUAGCGCAAUAAGCGAACUACAAACAUCUGGAAAGCCUGCAACUAACUUGAUUAACUUGUGUCCCUCUGCUUCAUAUUUUGAAAUUCCCAAAUAUUAUUUGCCACAAUUAUUCAUAGUCGAACGCAAUUAUCACAUAUUAAAAAAUCUUAGCACAAGUGCAAUAGAAACCCAAAUUGAAGAUACAGCAAUACCGUCGACAAUAGCCGCAGCAACGGAAGCACAGCCGCAUGUUAGAAGCUCUUCAGAAGAGACUUGUUAUAAUUUUGAAAUUCCAAAAUAUGAUUCAAAGGACAUCAGUAGGGCCGAAAAUGAAAUGAUAUCUCUCUUUUCGUCAAGCGAAAGUGAAACUGAGAGUGUGUCUGAAAAAAGAGAAGAACAGAAUAAGCAAGUUGUUCCUGACAAACCAUAUUCGGCACCUCUACAACCGUUCAAGGAAAUUAAAAGUUCACCUAGACCCGACAAGGAUUACGAUAACCUAGAAGUUUCAUUGCAAACUGAUAUUGAAAUGGUGCUUGUUGAGCUUGAAGACAAUCUCGAGAAAAUUCCAGAUGAUAGUUACUACAACUUUGAGACGCCAAAGUAUGAUUCAAUCGCUUUAAACAAAGCUGAAAACGAAAUGGCAACUAACUUAGAGUCCGCUCAAGACAUAUCAGAAUCCAAGCCGGCCGUCUCACUAAGCGAAAAACCAACUUCGCUUAGAAACGAUUGUGCAGAAAGCAGCAUUGCCAUAGCGAAGGAAGAAAUCAUGAUUCCAGACAAAGAACUAAAAGAAGAGCAUUUAAUGACAAACGAGCUUUCCUCUCCAUCGCUUCAACCAUCUAAAUUACACACAGUCGUUUCGAAAACAGUGCAAGAAAUCGACGUGCCUUUACGCGACACGCCACAGUUUAAUUCCAUUGCGCGUCAAAACUUAAAUAAAGAAAAAUCGAAUGCUCAAAGUGAAAUAACAGAUCUAAUCGAGAAUAGGUCGAAGCCACUUCAAGUUCAGAAAAGAGAAUUUGAUGGAACCACCGAUCAUUAUAAAUUUGAAUUUCCCAAGUAUAAUACGUUUGCCUUACAACAAGCUGAAGGAGAAUUUGUUAAGCUGAACUAUCUCGAAAAAGCUAAUAACAAUCUAAACGAAAGACCAAGUCCCCUCGAACAAGUAGUUAACAUUGCAGGGAGAGAAAAGUUGGAAGUGGAGCAAUCUACUUCAGAAAAGCCUCACGAUACUAUACAAAGAUUAGCUCUGCAAGAAAUUAACGUCAUUAAUAAGCAGGUAGAAGUGAUAGAAAUUUUAAAACAGGAGGAUACAGAAAAUUAUAUAAAUUUUGAAAUACCGAAAUACGAUAUAAAGGCGUUCGAAAGAUUAGAGAACAAAAUAUCCUCCACAUUGCAGCAAAUUGAAAAUAAAGCAACCAAAAUAGUCCAAGAAGAAAACGAGCAUCAAAUCGAUAUGAUUCCGGAGAAACUCGCCAUUGUGCCUAAGACCUCCACGACAAUAGAGAAAGUUGUGUUAGAUAAUAAUCAUUUCAAUUUUGACAUACCAAAAUAUAACCGAUUUGUUCUGAACAGAGCUGAAAAAGAGUUGUAUCUCAAUCAGUCUCGCGAUUUUGAUCUUACAAAACGCCCUACUACAGAUAUGCCAAAUUGGAGACAUCUAGUUGAGGAAACGAGAGAAAAACAAUCACUCAGCGAUAUGUGUUCAAUCGAUGCAGGAAUACGGGAGGAGGGAAUCUUACAGGAAUAUCCAUCAAAAAUAGAUAAAGAAAUACCUCCACAAUCUAGUGAGACAUUUGUUACUUCUGAUCGCUCAUCAGCAGAUGAAUUGCAACACCAAGAACAACAUCUCGAAAAUGUCAUUUACGAUACCAAAAGAAAGAUAGAACUUAGUGCAGCGUCAAUACAAACAAGUGAGACUUUCUUAACCACUCAGCAAAUCGAAGAGAUUCAUGAAAGUGGGGAGCCGAACGAGGCUGUUAACGAAUUAAGUAUGAAAAACAAGGAAAAACCGUCGAAAUCUUUCUACGCUGGUUUGCCUAUUGAUGAAACUACCAGCGCUUGGAUGGAAGUGUUUGAUGAACCUAUGGUAUUUUCAGAUGAAGACAUGGACGAACCAGAACCAUGUGCAAUACCUUUGGAACAACGUGUUGCAUUGGAGGAGGUAUCCAGUUUGAUUGGAAAAGAUGAAGAAAAUAAUUUCGCUGUGACAGACCAAACCCCGUAUAAAAAGGCUCAGUCCACAACCGAGCAAAUUUCAAAAGAAUCAUCGGAAACGGAUACAACUUACGCAAUGUUCACGGAUUUACCAGUGAAUGAUUCGGCGCAACCACGAUCGUGGACUGAAGCGUCUAGUGAUACGUCGAUUUUGUCAAGAAAUCACUCGCAAAUGCAAGAUGAGAAAGCCGUUAUUGAUACUUGGUCUAGUGUAUUAGAAGAUUCUGUCCCUAGUAUUGCCACCAUAGCAUUAGGAUCGAAAUUGUCACCAAACGCUCCUGAAUUCAUGCCUUCACACAUGCGGCCUUCUCAUUUGGAUCAAACUAAUACUUUUCUAGCAAAUGAAAAGUAUUAUAAUGAGUUCGUACCUAAAAGCAAACAAUCUAAAGACGGAGACUUGAAACAGAAACAGUUAAGCGAAUUCAAAAAACGUCAGAAAUCUUCAAAACGCUUACAAACUUCCAAAAAUGUAAAAUCUGAUGAAGAAGGAAAUGUUUUAGACUCAAGCGAAAUUGUUGAAGAACCAGACAAGACGUGUAAGCUGCCUGAAUCAAUGAAAACUGAACAGGCUCCAGGCAGUGCUGAAGACCAGGAGAAAUCGAGUGGAAACACUUAUGCUUACGUUGUACAAAAUAAAAUAGAGCGAGAACGGGAAACAUUGCCCUUCCACGACACAAUUAUUGUUACUGACAGUUUUGGGGUUUCCAGCAGUCAAGGAAACGGCAAUAUCCAAAAACAAAAACCAGCAGAUGUAUGUCACGACAAGUCUGAGCAAGACACGGUGACAUGUAAGAAAACAUCUCCGAAUGAAGAGAUCUCUACGAUAGGUUCCGAUAAAUCUGAGCCGCAAACCACUGAUAAGGAUACUGAACAAUCACUGCAAUGUACUGAAGAACCUGCAGCAAGAUUUUCAUGGGCAUCUUUGGUUCAGAAGCCUGGAGAAUGGAUUGAUAAUACUUUGACAAAAACUAAGUCUAAACUUGUCGCAACAGAAAAGAGAAGUCCUUCAGAUUCCAAAGCAAAAAAGAAGGAAAAGAAAUCUAAAGAGAAAAAAUCUGAAAAACCCGUUAGUCCUGAAAAAUCUCGCUCUCCUGAGAAAAUGCCUGUUUUAACGUCGACAACCUCGGAAGAAGAGGACCAUGCAGAUGAAAAAGGGACAAUAGCUGCGGAGCAAUGCAAAAAAGAAGAGUUAUUAAAAACUUCAGAAGAUACCAAGUCAACUUCAAGUUGGGCAGCUUUAGUAAAACGUCCAGGAGAGUGGACAGAUGAAGUUGCAUCCCGAGCAAAAUCACCGAAAGAAUUAGUAACUCCAAAAGUUACAGAGGAAAAUAAAGAAUACAAACCGAACGUAAAUAAGAAAAGAUUAAAUUCUAAAACUGAUCAGCCGAAACAACAGCCAAAAGACGUGAGUGCAGUUGAUAAAGAGAAAAGUCAUUCUGGAAACCUUAAACUUCAAACAGAAUCUCAAACUUUAUUAUCCGCUAAUUCAAGAGACCCCAAACAAUCAAUUAAAGAGACAGGAGAUGGUAGCCGUCCGAAGGUUGCUGACGACCCACACGUUGACACAGACGUUAAUGACUUUUCAUGGGCAUCAUUGGUUAAGAAACCGGGGGUGUGGAUCGAUGACUUAGUUUCCCGUAAAAAGUCGCCAGUUCAUCUUCCAGCUGAUAUCAAAGGUGAAAAAUCCUUGAUUUCAACUAAGCAUUCUGUUCAAAGAAAACUCAGGCCGCAAAGAAAACAGGAAAAAGAAGCAAAUAUUGAGGAGUUUUCACUAAAAAUGGAUCAAACAUUUGAUUCUUCUUCGCAACCAAAAACAGUUGAACAGACUGCCGUGGACAUCAAGGAAGAUGUGCAAGAAGACUGUAAGCCAUUAACUUGGGCCAAAAUUGCCAGUCAAAUUGAUUACAUGACUGAUACCGUGAAAAUCAAGCCGCCUAAGGAGAUGAAAAUACCAUUAAUUGAACCUAACACCCCGUCUCCUAAAAUCAAGAAGAAGAAAGAUACUCCUAAAAUAAAAGCUGCACUUGAGAAAGAGCAACCUGAGGAACAAGAAGAACGUUUGUCUAGUAUUUCUAGUACUUUUUCACGUAAAUUUACAGCUGACUUCAUACAAGCAGAAAGAAAUUAUCAAUUGCCAAGCACGUUUGUUAACAUAAAUAAAACUACGCCUGCGUCCAAGGACGAAGAAAGCAAAUUUUCUUCUUGGGCUGAAAUUGUUGAUGAACCAAUUGAAACAAUGUCGUGGAAAGAUAUUGUUGAUGAAGAAUAUGGUGAUGAAGAGGAAGUUGAAAUACUACUACCAGAAGCUGGCAUGCAAAUAACAUCAGAAACACCUUCCCCCGGCACUGUUACAAGUGAAAUCUCGAAGACAGAAAAGACUUCAUGCGAUGCACAGACAGAUUUGGUUGAUAACAGGAACCAAAAUGCCGCUGCCACCAUAAUAGAAGAGAUGGAUCUUCACAAGAAGAGUAUCACUGAAAGUGUUCCAGACCACUCUGGUCUUUUGGAUGAAACUUCACUUCUGUCACUCAAAGAAAUGGAACAAAAAAAACAAGUCGAAAAACAGGAGCUUGUUUUGAAAAAGUAUUUAAAAAUUGUGGCAGAAAGUUCGGAAGGUUGUAAUACUGCUCUAACCGACCAAGGUUAUAUUCAGGAUCGGGCAGUUGAACAAUCGCUGAAGUCAUCUAAAGUCGAUCAGAUGGAAGAUAUUAUUCUAAUACAAAACGAUGAACAAGCAUUUUCGGCGCAUCCGAAACCAAUUCUCCAAAAUAUUGCUAACAUUGGUGAAAAACCGCAAUGCGACUCGGAUAACAAAACGAGUACUGAACCUAUCAUUACUGAGGAACUAAUGUCGGGAUGUUUGCCUGAAGAGACUGUACCUGAAUUAUUACGAACAUGUUCAACUGAAGAACAAAACAAAGAAAAUUUACCAAAAGACGUAGACGAAAAUAUAUCAGCGAUUCAAUCUAACAGUCGGUCUGAGGAUUUGAUUAUCACCCGCCAAGAACAAGUUGAGGAAAAAUCGGUAGAAACAGAAUUAGCCGACAAGCGUUCUGACACUGAAUUACAAAUUGAGUCUGCGAUCGCUUGGAGCAAUAUUAUGAAUGCACCUUUAGCAUACACAAAUAUCGGAGAGCAACAUCCAAUGUUACAAGGAGUUGUGCGAACUGAAACCGAAGUUAACAGUUCUGAAACCAUACUUUCUGACGUAGAAACUUUUAUUCUUGAUCCGAUCGUCUCAGACAUUGCAAAGGAAAAGUUAGAAGGAGGGAGAAAUAUCCCAUAUGCUGGAUUGCCCAUUGAUGAGUCUUCAAAUGCCUGGAUGAAUAUAGACGAAUCGAUGGCAUUUUCCGAUGAUGAGGACAUCGACAACAAAGAUCUUCAAAAUCAAGAGUUGCUGGAAGUAUAUAGCCCUGAACCCAUUACCGCAAAAAUAAUUGGAUCGGAAAGUGUUAUUAAAGGAGAGAAUAAGCCUUCAUGUGUUACGUUGCCAGAACAAAAAGUUAUUGUAGAAUUUUCGGAAGAAACAAAUAAACCACCUUCUGCCUAUGCUGAAAUGUCAGUAAAUGAAUCUACGAUCGCAAAUAUUCCUGACGAAUCUAUGAUUUUUUCGGAUAAAGACGAACAGAAGGAUGCACAGCUAGAACUAAAUGAAGGAAACCAAGGUGAAAAGAAAAUAAUUGAAGGAGAUUCCAUUGGAGAAGAAGAAAUUAUUGCAGAUUUUCCCCGUCAACAUAUAAUAACGUUCGAAGAACAAACCAAAUCAGAUUACGCCGGCUUACCACUUGAUGAAUCUUCUAAUGCCUGGAUUAGUGUUCUAGAUGAGCCAAUAAAUUUCUCUGACGAUGAAAGUGAAGAAAUCGAAGAGCCAAAAUCCUCAGAGAAUACAGAAAAACAUGUUUAUGACUAUAAAGUUGAAAAGCCUUAUCAAACUCAACUACAACCAAUUGGUACAACGGUCAAAACUGUAGACGACAACGAAGAAAUGUCUGACGCUGCUAAUAUCAACACGAGUUGUCAGGCAUGGACACCUGUCGCGGUAGUUAAUGCAACUUUGUCAACGCCGAAUACCUUCGAAAAAAAUCAAGAAACUGACAUUGAAAUAGUAACAGAAGAUAAUUAUCCACUUACAAGCGAAACUGAUAAAUUGUCUUCUAGUCAGGAUUCUCCGGCGGGCGGUGUUCCCAUUCUAAGCGCCUUCGAAUUGCCACAACUCGAUGUGCCUUGGCGGGAAAUUACCAAAGUAGAAGCCGGGGUAGAAUUUGGUCCAUCUCAGAAAGAACUGUUUUGCCAGAGAUCUAAUAAAACGUACGCCAGUUAUGCUGAUAUUUUGAAACAGACUACAGCAUUCAUCGAUUUGGAAAAAAAUGAUACUCCAAAGGCAGAAACCUUAGAAAAACAAGGAGAACCUCAAAGUGUUGAAAAAGAAAUUCAUCAAACAGACGAUAUUCUGGCGGAAUUGGAGGAAAUGAUGAAUGGUAAAAAGAAGAAACCAAAAAAAGUGAAAAGAUCGAUGUCAGAAGUGACAAAGAGUGAAAAAAUAACAGAACAAAUGGAAUCUAAAGCGGAAGAUAUUUGUUCAUCUUCAGCUGCUCCUAGUUUAAAAAAGAAAAGAAAGAAGAAGUUGAAAAAACAAGAACAACCAGCAAAAGAAAGCGAUUUCAAGGAAUGCGCCGCUUCAAUAGAAAUCACGUGCACUGGACAAACAGCUACCACAGGCACAAUGUCAUGGUCUGAUAUCGUCAGCCAAAAAGUUGAAGAUUUUAUAAUUAGUGAUCAACACGAUGUCUCAGCAAAAGAAAAAUUUGAAAAACAUAGUGAUAAAAACCUCCCUGUGGCACGAAUGGAUAAGAAAAGUGAAGAAACUAUCACUUCAUCUAAAAACAAAAAGUCGAAAACGCGACGAACCAAAAAGAACAUGCUUGAAGAGACAUUUAAAUUGUCUGAUAUAACACAAUCGCAAUUUGAGCGUUCGCCAGAGUACGCACCUAAGAAAGAGUUUUCGGAAAAUAUAAGUCUCGAGAAAUCUUGGGCUGUUCUUACGGAUGAGGAGCAGUACAAUGAAGAAGUUCCUUCCAAUACUGAAAAUCAGUUAACUUCCACUACUUAUGACGCAAUAAAUGCGGGAGCAGAGCAAGCUAAGGAUACUUCAUGGUCAGAUGUGUUGAGGAAAGAUAAUUGUAAAAUUUCUCCAGAAGCUGUAGCCAAACAAACUUUUGCUUUUAUAAAAGCGGAGAUCAAACAAUCAGCUAACAGUUCGAACAUGCAGAAAGUAAAUGAAAAAUCGCCGGAAUCAUCACAUUCGGAGAAAACUGAAAGAUCUUGCGAUGAUAAAACUUUUAAGCAGUCGGGGAGCUUAGCGUUAACAAGUGAUGGAGCAGAGGGUGAAUCGGAUGAGAUUGUAAAGCCAGUGGAAAUGGUAGAAAUGGCCAAAGAAUUUGAUAGAUGCGAAUAUGUGGACUUUGAUGGGCGCAAAAAUGUUAUGAAGGUUGCUCCUGAGGCUUCACAAAAGUAUACGGAAACUAUGACUUUUGACCGAUCGGAAAAUGAAUCAGUUAUUAAAAAAUGGUCUGACAUAGUCUUAGAAGAGGAUAUGGAAGCGUCGGAUAAAGGUAAACUCUCAGAAGCAGAAAUUUCGAUCACACCAAUGCAACCUUUAAACAGCUUAGAAAUCUUAGAACCCGAAAAUGAAACUUCGUUCCGAACCGAGGAGAAAGACAAGCAAAAAAUGAAGACAAUUGAGAUGGAAAUUGAAAAAACAGUAUCAGAAAUUUCUGAUUUAAGCCAUUCAUUUGGUAAUACUGAAAGAAAAGAAGAAGAAACUUUUAUUACAGAAUGUGAAGAUGCUGAUCUGACGCUGGCGAUUUGUAAAAAGAGCACAAGUUUACCUGUACCUAAUAUUAAGUCGUGGUCAGAUGUACUGAAAGAGAAUAUUGAAAAGCCAUUUGCUUCCUCUGCUGCCCCACAACUUGUUGACAUGAAACAAAAAACUAUUGAUUUUGUUCAGCAAGAGCAAGCACUGUUGAAAGCAAGCAUGAAAAAUGACAAUACUAGAACGCCGAAGCAAUUACAAGAUGCCCGUUUUCAUGAAGAAGAGCACUUGUCUCACUUGCGGCCUGCACCCGUUAAAAGUCCUUCCUUAAGCCGCGAAACUUCAGAAGAAUCUAUGCAUUCUCCAUCUAUCCCUGCUUUUAAGAAAGACGACAUUGAAAAGAUAGCAACAAUUUCGGAAAAAUUGUCUGCAACAGAUGCGAAAGAUCAACGCGAUGCAAAGAAAAAGCAGACGAAGCGUAAGAAGCAGCGAAGUAAGUCACCUAUUGAAGAGAAGCAAGGAUUAGAUGCAAUUAAUGAAACAAACAGAAAUCUCACAGAUGCACCUAAGAUCGAGGCUGUUAAAUUUGAAUUGCCAGUACCGGCACUGUCUCUAAUGUCUUGGUCUGCGAUAUUAAGAAACAACAUGCCCUCAAAUCAAGAUGAAAAGAAAUUACAAGAAACCACUGAUGGUAAGCAAAAAACGCUCGAAUUCAUUGAAAACGAAGCAAUCUCCGUUGAAGUUGACGCAAUACAAGAUGAGAACGUCGAAAAUGUGGAACUCGAAAAGUCUAAUGAAUUCGCUACUAAUAAUAUAGGUAUGGAGAAAAUUCUAGAAUUCGAAAACUUGCAAUGCUCGGAUGAUAUCAAUAAAUCGAACAUCUAUCUCGAAGUUACAGGCAAAAUACCAGAGUCAACGACCGCGAACUUGCCUGAAAAAAAGAAAAAGAAAUCUAAAAAAGUUCGAACCGGUAAGCUUGCAAAAGACGAAGAAGUUGAAGCUGGUGCAAUGUCUCUUCCCAAGAAAGCGUUGGAUAUAUCUGAUACAAUAUCGACUUCGCAGCCGUCUUCAUGGUCCUUGUCUGAGACUUACGCCGAAGUGGUGAAAAAAUCUGGUAUGUCUGAUAGUAGGGGUAAAGCACCUUAUGUAGCAGAUGACGCUGCAAGGUCUCCAUCGCCAGAAAUAGUCGAGAUCGCUGCGAAAACUAGUUACGAGGAAGGAUUUGCAGGUGAACUAAAAGAAACCCCGAGAGUCUUGGAGGAAAGUGAUUAUGAAACUAUUAACGAAAGCACGACAACCCCAGAAGAAAUAAAAUUACCUUAUGUGUAUGUACCGAAAGGCUCUUUUGGAAUCGAAGACACCUUAAGUACGCAAGAGUCGUCAAUAUCGUGGAAAGAUCUGGUUGAUUCAGAUAUAGAAUGCGAUACUGCGGACCAGUAUGUGCCAUUGAAUGUAAGCCGCGUAGGAUUGGAAUCUGCCACUGCGAAAGACGAAGGUGUACAGAAUAUUCCCUCUAUUACUUCAACAACAAUUUCCUGUCAGGAAAACAAAACAAAUUCUGUAUUAACUCAAUGGCAAUUUAUAAGUUCGCGAUCGCGUUCCAAUUCUCCACGUUCAAGAUCUCGUUCUAAUCAAUCCCGUAAACAAAAGAAAUUAGAAAGAAGCAAGUUGCAAACAGAGCUGAGCGAAUCGUCAAGUAAUGGACCGCAUAAAAAGAUUGAUUUGCUAAAUUCACGGACUGUUGAAGUUGGUUGGUCCUCUACUGAUACUGAUGAUUUAAAUAAAGACGAACGCUUUAGAGAAGAGCAUGUUAAGAACGUAAAACUUGAUGCUACUGAAAUUACGGUAAGUGGACCUCUCCCCAUGAGCACUACAAAUGCAGCACAGGUUAGCAUAUCUUGGGCUGCAAUUGCUGCUCAAAAUGUUCCACAGCCUGCGCAAAAGAUACGUGUUCUUAAUGAAACAGAAUGCGCAUUAUAUCCGGAUAAAGUGGUUGACGAUGCAGGAGAACUUAAAUCAUUGGUGCCAAUUAAUUUAGAAGUAGAGAGGAAAGAAAAGAAACCCAAACACAAAUCUAAGAGAAAAUCAGUUGAACUCGAAUCCUCAUAUAAAAACAUCAGCGAAGAGGCUGUAAAAGAUUUCAAACCGAUAGUUUCCGGGGUACGAAUCUCAGGCGAAGAACUGCCAAUGCUGAAUGUUACAGUUACUCCGUUAGUAGCAAGCGAAAAGGCGGCAUCAGCAAAGAAGAUUCCAGUCGAAGCAAGCGGCAUUCCGACUGUCGUAGAAAAUUCUCCUAUUGUCGUUGCCGAAGACUUUGCCUCUGUAAUAUCCCCAUCGGUAGGUUUUGGAGAAACCGUUGCUCAAAUGCCGAAAACAAUGCAACUAUCAAUAAGUGACAACCAAGAAACACGGGACACUACUUCAUCUGAACAGGAAACAAUGCACGACAAUGUCGAUAAAAUAGUAAAAAUAACCGAAUCGACAAUAGAAGUUAUUCAGGACAAGCCGCAUAAUAUUGUUUCUCAGUUAAUGGUAGGUGAAGAUACAGCGCAUGCAACGGAGUCUCGUGUCGAGGAAAGCUUUGCUCCUGCGAUGUGUUCAGAGCUGGCUGUUAAAGGAUAUGUUGCUCAAAUACCAGAAACAAUUCAACCAUUAAUAGAAGGCGCAGAGGAAAAACCCACUGGAGAUGUAGUGCCUGCAACGGAAUAUCGCGCCGAGGAAAGCGUAAUUCCGGCUGUCGUAGAAAGUUCUCCUGUUGUCGUUGCCGAAGACUUUGCCUCUGUGAUGUCUUCAUAUGCGGGUGUUGGCGGAAUUAUUGCUCAAAUGCCGGAAAUGAUCCAACCCUCAACAGACGGUAACCAAGAACAACUGGAAAUUACGUUACAUGAGCAGAAAACAAUGCACGGCGAUAUCCACCAAAUUUCAGAAAUAAUGCAAUUGACAACAGAAUCCAAAGAAGGAAAUCUACAUGAAAUUGCAACAAAAGAAAAAGUUUGCGAUUGUAAAGUGGAAACUCAAAGUAACGAAUGUGGGGAGCAAAAUAUUCAAGUUGUAAAGAAAGUAAAACGCGACAAAGACUUGGAAGUUGUAAAUUCAACAUUAAUUCAACAGUUUAUAGAAGCGGAGAGAAAUUCUGUUAUAUGCUCGGUUCCUGCUGCUAUUCCGCGCACAGCAAAAGCAACUUCUAGAGAAGCUGAAGAGCAAAUUGCUGUUCCAAAAAAGUCGUUCUGCUCUAAAGAGUCGUCGCUUGAACGAUCCAUGGCAGCGGAGGGAAAAGUUUCGGUUUGUGAGAUUACUUUGGAAGCGGGACAAGAGAAGCUCAUCCCUAAAAAAGCCGAGGAAUUUGAACUGCCUGAACUUCCAACUACUGACGGUACGACAAAACUUGCAAAGUUUACUUCUGGCACAGUUCCAGUUAUAGAGAAGCGAAAAAUUGUUCAAAAUGAUGAAGUCAGAGGAGAUCUUGCAAAAGACUGCAGUGAAUCUGCAAUAAUAGUUUCAGAUGAAAAAUCCAUCAAUCCAGAACUUGAUGAUCAGUAUAACAAGUAUAACAAGUUGAAUGAAAAUGAGCUAAAGGAACUGAAAUUGGAAGAGUUAAAGCAAAAUUUACGUCAAGAGUUAAGAGAAUAUACGCUUGAUAAGUCCAAAAUAAAUGAACAUGCAAUAGACGAGUCUCGCCCUAAGGCAACGAUCGAUAAAAUUUGUGAUAAUUGUGCUAUUGUUCAAGAACAUUCUUGGGAUAGUAGUACGCAAGAUUUGCUUGCUCAUAAUUUGCAUUUAGAAAGCCAGUCCAACUUGAGACCUUUUCACAGUUUCCAAGAAAGACAAUUAGUCUUAUUAUCUUCCCGCGAAAUCACGGUAUUAGAAGAUCAUAUAGCUUCCCAGAACCAGUCAUCAAAAAUGGUAGAAACUGCUUUAAGAAAUGUAGCUAGUAAUUCAUAUGCACUUGAUGAGCUCCAGCCUAAAGCAACAGUUGCUGAAGCUCUUGCUAAUUGUAUGAUUAUCCAAAUGCAUCCUUCGGAUGAUAUUACGCAAGACUUGCUUGCUCAUAAUUUGCAUUUAGAAAAUCAAUCUGACUUAAAGCCCUCUUAUAGCUCCCAGGAACGACAAUUAGUUUUGUUAUCUUCUUGCGAGCUUAGUGAAUCAAAACAUCGUAUAACUUCUCAGUCCAGUAUAACUUUAAAUCAGCUCCCAAAAAGCGAAGAAAUUGCCUUAAAUGAGAUUGCUAGCGAUGAUGAUAAGUUGUGGCUCAAAAAUUUGGAAAGAGAUGAUUUUAGUAAGCUUGCUUCUGACGAUAGGAAAAAUUUGCUUAAAAGCGAAGUUUCCCUUGCAGUGAUAAGAACAUUGGAAGCAAAAGACGAAGUUACAAAGCGAAUAGAAACAAAUGUUCCGGACGAUUUUAAAACGUCAAAAGUUGUUUCAGAAUCUGGCAAGGAUAUGUUGAAACUAAAUUUGUUUAAGGAUAGUUGGUGUGAGAUCGAAUCUAAAGCAGUUGAAAAAGAGGGGGUUUAUGAACAGCAAAAGGUAAAUGUAAAAGAAUUCAAAGAAGUUAAAUUUAGGAAUUUAGAAGGCAAAGACUAUCAGAGUGACGACGAUGACGACGAUGAUGAUGAUGAUAACGAUGAGGGCGAUAAGCCGAAUAUUUUCUCAGACACACAAAAGUAUCAAGACGAUGAUGACCGGGAUCCAGGUAGCGACAGUAGUGGUUGUGUAACGUCAAGUCCUAAACCUGAUCAACUCACCGGUAGUUAUCAAAGAAGCUGCUCUACACAAUAUAUGUCAACUGAUUUACCAGGUGGAUUAGGUCACUGGCGAGAUCAGAGUACGUAUUUAGCUUUAGAAGAGCACGGCAAAGUCGAAGAGGCCUUAGAGCCAGGUGAGGUUGAAGCUUCGAAAAAACUUGCUGAAAUAGAAUUAACAGCUAUUGCUAUCACCCCGUUAAUUGAGUCCCAAAACUUAAGUUUUCCUGAACCAACUAACAUGUCACAUUCAAUCCCUGAAUCCCAUAUUAAUAACUCGUCAAGUCUCAAUCUUGUAAGUAAUACAACCCCCUUAGCUAGUGUUGCCACUAUUACUACCAAAUUGUCCAAUGGGGUCGUUCAGGCAACAACAGCGAUUCAAGGAACAGCGGCGGUCCAUGAGGCAGUAUCAACAAUGAAAACAUCGGUAGUUGCUAACGUAUUGCCUACUCUAGAAGCAACAAAUGAAACGGCAGAAUCACCUGCGACAGUGGAAACAAUAACAACGACAACAACAAGCACCACAGCUGCAGAAGACGGAUCACAUGUAGUUACUGUACCAGUUGCAAUCUCGACUCAAAGUUUGCCCAUCAAUUGCACUCAAACGACUACUACCACAACUACAGUAACCGAUGAACUAUUACAGCCUAAUAAGGUAAUUACAGCGCAAGAUCCUGCUUUAAUUAGACGCACCACAACCACCACCACAGUAACAACAACAGGUAGAUCUGGCGACGGAUUAGACAAUGAUCAUCAAGUUUUACAACAACGCCAAUCGAUGCAGAAGGAAUUAAUAAAUCAAGAAGUUGAUGAAUUACUGCAAUCGCUAACGACGGUCGAAGGAGCCAUAGCCUAUUUACCGCAAGACAGUUUAGAUGGUAUGCUGCAGGGUUUAAAGUUGAUCCAAGAAAAUCUAGAAUAUCAAGGAAAGGAGGCACAAAGAUUAAAAUCAAUUAGUCAAACUCUACCUACCGAUCCACCUACGGAACGUUUAUUACGCGAGAUUAUCGACCGUAUCGAAUUAUUGUUAAGACGUACGCAGCAAGGCAUUACCAUGAUAGCGGGCGCUGUCCAUGCUCAAAAGAAACGUAAGCAAGAACUUGAAGAAUAUCAGAUGCAUUUAACGCAGAUUGAAUCUUGGAUUCAAGCUGUGGCCGAAGAACUUAAAAGCUUAGAAAUAACGGAAGAAGGUUCAAACGACGAACAUAUACUACGUGGGCAGGUAGAGAGAAGUCAAAAUUUGCUACGUACCCUUAAGGAAAGACAGCAAUCGUUGGAGGACUUGGUAGAUAAAACUAAGCCAUUGUUAACACAUGAAGAUGUAGCUUCACUUGCCAACAAUUUAAUUGAACAACUGCAAUAUGUGAUAACUAUAUUACGUGAACAAAUUACAAUAGCAACAAAAAAAAUUUACACAAUUGAAACAAUUAUUGUGGAUUUAAAAAAAGCUAAACAAGAAGAUGAGCUGCGUAAACGUAUUCAAACUGAAUCACUAAUUAUGCCAACUCAGGCAUCGGUUGAAUCAAAUGCCAGCACAGUCGAUUCGAGUUCCAUGCCCGAAGAGGAAAUUGAACCUGUUAAUUAUGCAGCGGUAGAAACUCAAACUUCUCUCAGCUUAGACAAACAGCAAUCGCCUGCUGAAGCUUAUACAGUUGAGGCCCAAACUAGUUUUCCUUUGAUAGAAUCAAAGCCACCAAAUGUAGAGACGGCUGACAUCGCUAUGCAAACUCAGAAAGAGCGUAAGCCUACAGAAAAUAUUACAGUGACUCAAAUUGUGCAGCAAGGUGAAGAAACGAUUAAAAUUGAAGCAGCGCCUAAUGCAGACAUGUGUGAUCAACCACCAAAUGUUGAAAUUGAAGCAAGAUAUCAUAGGAAACCUCAGGGAGAUAUAGAUCGCACGACAGAACUCGUCCUUAAGAAUGUACCGCAAGUGUUCGAAACGACAUUUGUAGAACCUGACGAAACCACAACUGAAGUUGUCGUGGGGCCAGAUGGUACUAAACAUAUUAUCUUAAAGAAGGUUACACGCACUCGUCAGCGAAUCGUACAACAACAACACUUGAGUUCUUUUCCUACCAUUUCUCAUGUUGACUCUAAGGUGUUACCCGAGACGAUCAAUCUUGAAAGUGUUCAGCCAGCAGCACUUCCUGGCGGUACAUUGCCCGAAGAAGUGAUCGUGGAAGAAUUUGAGGGCGCCCCUACAAUGGAAGAAUAUGAAGAAUAUCAUAGUCCGAAUGUUCUGGUUCAUGGUGUUCCAUUGCACGAAGGUGAUGUUGCAUACGUGGAUUCUCGUAAUUUGCAGCACAUGCAGAUCGUACCAACCGAAGAAGUAACCCACGGUAGUAUACGAGCAGUUGUACAACAAGUUACGCGAAAAGUCAUACGUAAAACUCGGAAAAUUAUUAAAAGGGUUGUAAUUAUUGAUGGCAAAGAACACGUUACUGAAGAAAUACUGGAGGAGCCUGAAGAAGUUGAAGUAACCGAAGAAGAAAUUGCUCCUCAUGUCAAUGUGAACAUUGUGCGAACUAUAAAUGGUCGGAUUGUAAGCCAAGACGAAUUCGAUCGCAUUUCCACAGAGCCAGGCGUAACCAUCCAGGAAUUGCCAAUAGAUGUUAUGCAGCCAGAUGCUCAACAACAAACGCCUCAACAGGUAUUUGAUAUUGAUUCUUCUAAGUUUAUUACCACAACAAUUACAACAACACAGCAAACACAACAGCCAACUACCACAAAAACAGCAACAGUAAUAGAAACUACAGAAAGUCCAACUAAAGCACCCGUAGAAUUUGUUGACAUGCCGGCACGUAAAGUAGUUGUUGAGCAAGUUAUUGACACCGUAGACAACAAUACGCCUGAUGAUGCUGUCGUCUCUACUUCUAUUAAUACUGUUACAGUUACGAAAAUAAACCAACAAGCGCAGCAGAAGGGCGAACAAUCAGUGACUGAAAAUAUUAAGGGUAUAUGGCCGAUUCAACAACCUGUACAAACAACAGAUGUAGUGACACCAAUGAUUGAACAUGCUAAGGAUAUUUGCUCUGUUCAGCAACAUCUGGAAUCCAUAGAUACAGUACAACCAUUGACUGAAGGUAUUAAGGAUAUAUGGUCGCUGCAACAACCUCUACAACCCACAGAUAUAGAACAAACAAUGGCUGAAGAUAUUAAGGAUAUAUGGUCGAUUCAAGAACCUCUACAACCCACAAAUAUAGACCAAGCAAUGGUUGAAGGUGUUAAGAAUAUUUGCUCUGUUCAGCAACAUAUGGAGCCCACAGAUACAGUACAACCAUUGAGUGAAGUUAUUAACGAUAUAUGGUCGAUUCAACAACCUUUACAGCCCACAGAUAUAGAACAAGCAAUGACUGAAGAUAUUAAGGACUUAUGGUCGAUUCAACAACCUUUACAACCCACAAAUAUAGAACAAACAAUGUUUGAAGAUAUUACCAAUAUAUGGCCGAUUCAACAACAUCUACAAUCCACAGAUACAGAACAACCAAUGAUUCAAGAUAUUAGGGAUAUUUGGCCUAUUCAACAUCACCUACAACCCACAGAUAUAGAAUUUAAUUUGUCUACUGAACCAGCGAUUGAGCCGUUAACACCCACCGGAGAAGCAACUGCCAACAUAUGGCCUUUAAAUUUAGAUACUGGUCAUCCCGUAUGUUUAGAAAGUUAUCAGUACGAUAGAAAGAUUUCACCAGAAAUUCAAGAGAAAUCCUUUACACAAUCUCCUCUUUCGAAAAAACUUCCCGAAUUUACAGAUUUACAAGAACACGCAAACCUUGAAGAUACUAAGGGAAUAAUGUCACAAGAGGAAAGCACACCUUUAACGCCAGUUGGUAAAGUCAGCAUUACUAUCGUGAAAGCUUUUGUGGAGCCCUUGCAACCAGAAACGACGCAACGUACAGAACCCUACGUUCAACCUGAGAGAAGUAAAACGCCAGAAGUAGUAGUGGAAGAAGAACCGGCCGAAAGUCAAAUGGAAAUCGCCGUGGUAGAGCGAGAAGAUAUAGAGGAAAUAAAAGAACUUGAAUACAUUGAAGCAAAAAAACUUGAAAAAUGUGCCGACCCUAGUUCAAAUAAUAUAUUAAUGCAAGCAUUGCCAAGUGACGAAGCGAAAUUUGAGAAAAUAAAAGAUUCCAAGCAGACACUGCUAGAAUUCUUAGAGAAGGAGAAAUAUAUAAAAAUUCCACACACUGCUAAGGAGUAUAGCACUGACAUAACUCCGACUCAAGAGGAGAGCGCAAUACAACAAAGCGUAAAUUUCGAAACACCCGCGCGACCAUUUAAAGGAGAUCAUGACGAUAGAUAUGAAAAAGAUGAUCAAACCAAAAUAUCUGAAAUUAAAGAACCUCCCCUUGAUACGCCUAGCAUAUCAGCUCCUGUAGUUUCUGCGAAAACUCAAAAACCGAGUGAACAAAUUAGCAUAACUAUUGUAAAAUCACGUGUGAAAUCUCUAACAUCUGAAAGUCAGAACGAAAAUAUUGUGGAAAUUAUGGAUGGACAGGAGUUCCCACAGCAAUCUGCUCCGCAGGCUGCAGAAACCCCGAAAUUGUUGAAAACUUCAAACGAAGAGUUGGUGCAAUAUAUGGCCGCAGAAAAGUACGCGAAACCUACAAUUGCAGAUGAAGAAAAGCUAACAAUUAUCGAUCGAACAAUAACUUCAACAAUAGAAGAGCCUCUUGAAGAAGUUGAAAUUAAAAAAUCUGUCGAAGAACAUCCCUUGACUCUUAGAUCAUUGAACGAUUUGAAGCAAACAACUUCUGAGCCAGUGGAAAUAGAACCGACAAAACCUUUUAUAAAAUCGGUAAUUGAAACUGUAGAAGCAGCUGGGCCAUCAAAAAAAGUGGAAAAAGGGCGAAAACUGGAAAAGGCUAAAAUUCAACAAGAAGCUCCGAGUCCAGAUAAAAUUGUUGAGAUAAAGAAGAGUGUUCCACAAACACCAGAGAGAACCACUGUGAAAAUCGGUAAUUUUGUGGUCGAAACUUCGGAACCUGAAAUAACCGCCAUUGUUUCCGAAAUCGUGGAGUCGUCAGGUAAAGAAUCUAAUUUGAUUUUAGAAACUCCAACGCCACAUGAAGGUGCGGAAGACAGCACUAGGAAGAUAACCGCGUUAACUGACGCCGGAAUUCCAGAAGCCUUGGCGCCUGGGGAUAAUCAAAGUGUUUCGGAAGGUGACCAAUCGAGUGUUCCCACAGAUGCCUUCAGUAUCAGUGAACAAUCAGUACCAACGGGUACUUUACAGGACACUUCUGUUAUUGAAAAUACAUUUUUGAUCGUACAACCCAAAAAAGAGAUUCCUCACGAUAUUAAAGCAACAACGCAACUAUUCAUAGCUGGUGAAGCAGUGGCCUCCCCCGUCAGCAUUAUUGCUCCCUCGAUUGAAGGCAAUGGCGCUAGUGUUCUUAAAAUGGUUAUGUCUGAGCAACCAAGACCCAAUGAUAUGAACAAAGUUACUAUGACUAUUGUGGAAACGAGUGCAAUUGUGCCAGAAAUACCUGAGACUCAAGAGAAUAUUAAACGAAGUCGAAAGAAGAAGAAAAGAAAAGAUCCUACGUCCACAUCUUCUACAGAGGAAUCUUUGAAAGAAGAGUAUGCUAAGGAUUUUGAAAUUCAACCUGAAGAAAAAACGACGAGCGGAGAUUUAAAAGAAGAAAAAUACAUUGACGUUGAGGAAACAAUGCCGGUAACUUCGCCAUCUGAAAUUGAAUCGCCGCAUGAAACUGGUUACGAACCAGAGGAGAAAACGGCUGAUGACGUCCAUGAUAUAAAGGAAGGCAAAAAGAAACGUCGUAAAAAGAAGAAACAAAUUGAAAAGGUUCAACCUGAUGAUGAGACUAUUCCGUCUGUGUCGCCUGAGUAUUCAGAUGUUUCUAAGCCGUCAUCACAAAGCAUUGAUUCUGAAGAUAAACUGCAUGAAGAAAUGAUAGUCGAGAUAAGUGCUGAAAGUGUGGCCUCUAGCAUUACCAUUGAUAGACCUGUAAAAAUAAUUGAGGAGGGUGUCAUUUCUCCACAGAUAUUAGAAACGUCAAAGCCAACGCAUAAAGAAGUUGUCAUUCCAGUUGAAAUCGUAGAACUUUCGUUUGUGCGCGAUGAACAACAGCAAACUACGCCUCGCGAAAAACUUAUUCAAAAGGAUGAGGUGCCAGAAAUUACUGAAUCUGAAAAGACUUUCAAAGAAGUGCAAACCGAGUCUUUACAGUCUGUACCCGACAUUGAGCUAGAAGACAGAUCUUUACAAACUACUCCUGAAAUUUUACCGGAAAUUAAGGAAACAGAAUCGCAAACUACGCCUGUAACACUAAGUGACACACUAAUUCAAACUGAGGCGUUAGAAGUACAUUUACCUCUCGACUAUCAAAGAGACACGGUUGAGCAGUCUAGCGAAGGAGUUCAAACGGACGACUUUGUGGCUGCAAUCUUACCUGAAAUAAAAAAUACAUACAGUCAAACUAAUGUGACAUCAACGGUGGAAAAAGAAUUGCAAACAAGCCCAAAGGAGUCCCCGCGUGGACCUGAUGCUUCCAUCAAGGACAUUGUUGAUCCUUUAGUAAAGGAAUUCAUUGCAGAUGUUACCAUAGAAUUACCCCCCCAAGAUGUCGAAACCAGAGAAAGUGCCACUUUAACUGAAGAAUCACUUUCUCUCGUAUUUGAACCAAAGAUUGAAAAAUUGCAUACCGAAGAUGAUAAACCGAAGGAACAGCGUGAUCAGCAAACAUCGACGGUUGAAUUUGUUUUUGGGUCUCAUAGAGACACACAAACAUCACCUAGGGAGGAAACUGUGGUUCCCUCAUUGGAGCAAACAAUUUCUCUCGAACCUACUUCAAUGGAGGAAUCUUCAAUCACUAUUUCAGAACCCUACAAUUUUGAAGUGCAGACAACAAUUAUUAUACCGGCCGAUUCUGAUACGUCUGAAACUCUACCUAAAGUCUAUGAACAUACCGAAAUGGUAGAAAUACCAACAUUAGGCAAAAAAUAUAAAACGAAAUCUGAAUUUGUCGAACAAAUUCUACCUGAAUUGAACGUGCAUGUAGAAUUCGAUGAAGAAAGAGAAUCUGAACCAAAGGUUUCAGUACAUCCAAUAAAAGGCGAAACUUUUACACUUGCCGAAGUUCCGCAAUUGGUUGAGUUACAGAUCGCUAAAACAAUAAUUGGUGAUGAGAUUGCUGAUUUGCCCGUGCAAAUUCGACAACCUGGUAAAACCAGUCUAACCACAACACAAAGUUCGAAAUCACGUUCAAGACCAACUUCGACUGUUACAAUUGAAGAAGUUACUUCACCGAUAGAGGAAGUGGUGGUACCAAUAACACCUGGACCUGAUGAAGAAAUCACGCCAACAAAUGAGCAAAGUAUUUGGAUGAAUAGUGCGGCAAUUCGUUUACCCAAAGAGCGAACUGAUAAAGAGUCAUCUCGAGAUUUGAUAACGUCGGAAAAACUUAUCCGAUCAAUUCCAGAUCAACAACAGAAUAUAAUAACCAUUCAGCAACCAAAUAAUUGGCAUCAAACACAAAAGACAAUCGGCGAACGUGUCAAACAACUUAAGGAAUCUGAAACACAUCAAACUCCUUUGAGCAAUAUUAUGCAUUUAGUUACACUGUCGCAACAAAUCAAGGAAGCUCCUACGGAGCAGAGAAUAAGAGUUGUCAAUGAAAAGCUUGAGGAAUUAGAUAAAGCUGUAAGAGGUGGUAAUGGGGCUGCUGUCCAAGCAGUGGUCGUAACUGUCAUAGAAGAAAUAUCAACUUGGCUGGAAACUAUUGAAUAUCGUGUUUACCUUAUAAGACAGCAAGCAAGCGAAGGUCCCUCAGAAAGAAAAUUGCAACAUUACGCCGAACUUAACGAAGAACUCACAACAAUUGACCAUAAUGUAAUGCAAUUGGAGGAACAAUUUGGCAAAUCGAAAUUUGUUGAGCCCGAAAUCCAGCAAUGCUUGGUAACGCUAAAAACGCAUAUCGAUGCCGUUGGCGAAAAAACACAUGAUAAUCAGGUUCAAGAUGUAAAGGAUUUGGAAAAAUGGAAUCAUUUUAUUGUGUUGGUACAUCAAAUAGUAACUUUGCUGGACGACUUACAGGAACGUUACGAAAUUAUAGUAAGUCAAGAUGGAUCCUUACAAAGCAAACUAAAAGCUUUCGACGAGUUAGAAUCGGAAAAUAACGGAGCUUUGGCAGAAAUCUCGCAACUUGUUAUGGAUGCCCGAUCGUUCCAACGUGAUUUCCCUAGCAAAAAGAUACCGCAAGAUAUUUAUAAUGCUCACGAAGUAUGCCUAAAUCUCAAUAACAAUGUGAUGGCGGAAAGGGAUCGUUUACUGCAACUUCAGGCGCUGGCCGACGAGUAUGAACAAACUUUGCAAGAAUUCACGAAUAUAACUGUCCUAGCUGAUAAACUGGUCGACAGUCCAAUAAUUACGAACAGUUUAGAGCAAUUAAACAAUGAAGUACAAAAACAUCGCAAAUUCUUUGUUAAUCUAAGUCACUGCCGCGCCAUGUUAGAGUCACUAGAAGAAAAUAUUGACAGUGAGACAAGGGAAAAACAUUCGACUUUGCAUAAAGAUCUUUACAAUCGUGCCACGGUGUUGUUGGACAAAGCGUCUGAGCGGUCAUCUAAACUAGUGCAAGCUGCCUCUAGAUGGACUGUUCUAGAAAAGGGUAUGAAAGAUGAAUUGCAAUGGUUACAGGUUGCUCAACAACGUGUGCCUGACUUGUCAGCAGUAACAUCUGCUGAUUAUGAGCAAUACACGAUACUGUAUCAGUCACUAAGCCAAGAUAUAUCUCAACAUUAUGUAAAAAUGACGCAACUUUCGAAUAUCGCCAACAAAUUACAAGAUUUAAUACAAGCUCCCAAUCUAGUCGAAGAAACCAACGAAGCUUUAAUUGUUUUGCUAAAAUUACGCGAAGAAGUUGCCGUAUAUUUGCAUCGCUUGCUGCUCUUUAAAGAUAUUUGGACUCAAUAUGUCGCUCAGACUGACAAAAUGGAAAUAUUUGUACGUCAGAGUGAAAAAGAACUUAAAAAUAUACAAAUCCCCGAAUAUCCACUAGAGCAGCCAAUUGAGCAUAUGCGUCAGUUUUGGGAAAUAAAAGCGCAAUUUGAGAUGCACAAUAACAUACGUACCGAAGCAGGUCAAAGUUUUGAAAAGUCGUUGCAAAUAAUACCCUUAGCGGAUGAAAUGCUACAAAGGCAAUUUCAUGCUCAACUAGAGGAUCGUUGCAAUGCAGUGGCCGACAGUAUUGAAAGUAUACAAAACCAAAUUAUGAGCACUUUGGCCUCAGAGGAUGUAGCACCCGAGGACAAACUAAAGUUAGUUGAACGUGAAUUGCAAGAAAUCUAUUUAACCAUGACCAAUAUGAAAGGAGUGAUUAAAAAUGAAGAAGAACUUUGCUUAUACAUCGAACGUAUCCAGGUGUUGAACACAAGAGUGGGCUUCAUUGGUAAUGAAUUAGGCCGUAUAGGCUUGCAGGAGCCCGCUUUUGAACCGGAAAAAGUAGGAGAAUUAUUCGCUUUAUCCCAUAAAAUUACGACACAAAUCGCCGAUGAACUUGAAAGUGCUUCCGUCCUCAGACAACAAUUGCAGAGUAUACAUGAAGGUACUUCGAAUCUGCGUAAGCGUCAAGCAAAAUUAUCGGUAAUAUUGGACGAAUGUGAAGGUGCAGAAAAGCUAAGCAACGAAGCAAUUGAAAAGGCUUUGCAAGAUUGCCAAGGCGUUGCUGAAGAAUUAAUAACUGUUUGGCAAGAGAUAAUGCGCUUACGGCAAAUGCUACAUACUCUACCCAUGCACUUAAAAAUGUCUCUAUCACCGGUGAAAUUAGAACGUGACAUCUCUCAAUUACAAGACGAUCAUGCGUUCCUAGAGAGUAAAUGUACCAAUAUAACGACAAUACUACGCAAUCGUUUGACCAUGUGGCUACGCUAUGAACGUCAGCUAGAAAUGGUGCAUAAUUCAGUUCAGGAAACAGAUUUUAUGAUGGAAUUGCUUAAAGUACAUGGCCAAAUUGAUUAUGAACGAUUACGAAAGGCUACUGAACGUUUGGAGGGCCUCGCUGAUGACUUACAAAAUCGCGAGUCUUUGCUAGACGAUUUGCAAUCAUCCGCGAAGCCAUUAAUCGAAACAUGUGAUCUUAAUAUUGUUGAACAAAUCGAAUCUGCGGUUCAAGAGGCUGUAUUAGCUUGGAAUGAUACAACGGACAACUUACAGAAUUUAUGUACACGCUAUCAGCGUGCUGUGGAAUUAUGGCAUAAAUAUCGCAACGCCUCUGAUCAAGUGAAAAACUUCAUUGAACAACAAAUGGAUACGGCAAAGUCCUUGAAACAGCAACCCUUGGAUUCUAUGCAACAUGCCAAGGUGUGCGAAGGCAAUUUGAUCGCUCAGAACGAUCAGAAACUAUUUGAAUUGCGGGAUAUUGUAACGAAGAUUGCCGCCGACAUUGGUUUAGAUGCCUCGAAUUUAAUGCAAGGCGAAUUGGAAGACUUAGGUCAACGUUUGGAAAACUGCAAAGAGACCAUAACAACAUUAGCCAAUGUAGCUGAGACACAAGAACGUGAACGCAAAGAAAUUGAACGUAAUUGCUCGGAAGCGAAAACCUAUCUUAACAAUGUACAGCAGGAUUUAACGCGUCCGGCGCAAACGGCAAAAGACAGUGAGGAACAACUGAAUGUGUUACGUUCUCAUUUACAAACGUUGGCUCGCACUGAGGAACAAUUGAAAGAAUUGCGUGAACGCAACCUGGAUGGAAGCAUAACGAAUGGCAGUACUGAUUAUAAUGAUGAUUCCGCCAUUGUUGAUGUCCUUGAGUUGUGGCAAAAGGUAUUUCAAGAUACUUUCCAGGAAUACCACCGGCUAUCGUCGCGUUUGGUACGAACACAGAAUAGUGCCGAAGCUUUGCGUUUAUGGCGCCAGUACUUACAGCAUGUGCAAUCCUUCCUAUCAUCAGCCAUUCCGGAGGAUUACAGUGCCCUAAAAGAGCAGCAACAUUUAUGCGAGAUUCAUCAAAGUCUCUUGAUGUCACAGCAAAAUGUUUUGUCGUCAACACAAUCGGAAAGUGAGCAGGAAGCGGAGCCAGAGAUUAACGAGCAAUUUAAGCAACUCACAAAUUUGCAUAACGAGACCUUGGCUCGUAUUACGCAACGCAAUGGCGAAUUGGAAAGGCGUAUGAGCAUUUGGCAUAAUUAUCGAUCAGAAUUGUCGGAGUUGCUCGAAUGGCUGAAGGAGCGUGAAAAAGAUCGUUCAGCUUUACAAUUGCGCUAUAUUCACUUGAAACGUUUACCACGUUUACAGCAACGGCUGGGUAACUUAUUAGAUCAAAUACCGGUUGGGGAGCAACUAUGCGCUAAAAUUAGAAAUCAGCAAGAUGAAUUGUUCAAAUUUUGUGACGAUGCCUUGGCCACCUCGGUACGCAUGGAGCAGGCUAGCGUUACUCAGCGGAUAAAUAAUUUGAAAGCGGCCUUGCAAACUUGGUCCGAUUUUCUACAGAAAAUCAAACAUCUUGAAGAACAAUACGAACAGAAGGUCGGUCAGACGCAAGCGGAUUUAUCGCAAUCUCAACGUUUAGUAUUAAAGACUGAAGAAUCCCUGCCUACCAGUUCACAAGAUAUACAAGAAUGUCUGAAUACGUUGCGUUCACAAAGGAUGCAGUUGGCAAGUCUCUCAUCGCAACUGGAAAAUCUUAACGUUUUGCAAGAAGAACUUAAGGAAUGCAUAAGUCCGCAUGAUAUGAAAUCUAUACGUCAGACAAUUUGGAUUUUAUGGCAACAACACGCAGAUGUCGAUUAUGAACUUUCGACUCUUAUCAAUAGCAUAGAAGAGCGUUUAAUGCUACUUACGAAUUUUAAUAAUCGAUAUGAUCGCAUAUCUAAGUGGUUAGGAAUGUUAGUAGAACGCUUGGAGAAAUCUUCUGACAUCUCAGCUAUAGCCAAUCCCGAAGAAGCAGCCAAACAAUUAGAAAAACAAGUUAAUACCGAACUAGCUUUGAGAGAACGUGAUCGCGAAUGGCUUUUGUCUUCUGCUCGAGAACUAAUAGAAUUAUAUUCAGAACAGACAACUCAUGGCAAUGCAAUUCGUUCCGAAGUCCAAGACAAAUCUGAUAUGCUGAUAGAUCGUUGGGAACGCGUUAAAUAUUUGUCUAAACAACGUUCAAAUAAAGUUAACGAUCUUCGUAUGACUUUGCAGCGUCUGGAAGAACGCAUUGCCUUACUAAGAUCUUGGAUGUUUGAAGUAGAAACCGAAUUAAGUAAACCAAUAACUUUCGAUUCGUAUACCCCGCCUAUAAUUGAAACUAAACUCAAAGAGCACGAAAAGAUUCAGAGAUCGAUUGAGCAAAAGAGCAGCAAUGUUGGUGAAGUAUUGAAUUUGGUGGAAAUGCUCUUAAAUGACGCCGACACUUGGCGGACGCAUUUGAAUACCGCGAAUUUAGCUUUAGCUGCCCAUAAUUUAGAACAACGUUGGAAGCAUGUUUGUAGUCAAUCAGCCGAACGUAAGAAGCGCAUUUUGAAUGUAUGGAAUAUGUUGCAAGAUUUAAUUAAACUUACCACCGAGAACAAAAAAUGGUUGAGCACCCAAGAGUCUGCUCUUAAUGGCUUAGAACGUGAUCUUAAAAAAUUAUCCAAAGAUCAAAUAGGCGAAAGACAAGAGAUUGUGGAAGUCAAACUCCAAGAAUUGGAUACGUAUGAGCCAAAUUUAAAGCGGCUUGAACACAUUUAUGGCAAAAUAACUUCCAGUUCGGGUGUUGAUCCCGAAAAUAUACAAAAAUUGACUUUACCAACUAAAGUGAUGUUGAGCAAAUGGCGUCAGUUGGUGCCCCGAUGCCAUGCCAUUAUUGAAGCAAUUAAUAAAAAUCUAGCUUUAGUUAAAGAAUUCAAACGAAAUCAGGACGAAACGAUGCAUUCUUUAAAUUGCAUACAACGGGAUGUUUCCAAACUAAUUAAAAGUUCACCGCAAACGGCGGGUGAAGGUAAAGAAGCCUUAAAACGAUUAGAUGUGUUUGAACGUAAAAUCAAAAAAGCUGAAGAACAGCUAGAAAAUGUCAAUAAACUGGCUGUAGAAGCUAAAAAUCAAUUGAAGAAAGACGAAUAUAAGCAAAUCUUGAUUUGGAUGGAGCAAGUUAAUCGCUUGUGGCAACAAGUAUCUACAAGCAUCAACACAAUAAAAUCCGAAUGGCUUAGGAAGGCAGGUGGCAGUACGGUUGCCGCUGUGGCAGGUGCGAUAACGGAGGCAACUAUUAAGGCAACUAGUGCUAAAGAAUUAGAUACUGCAGUGCAGGUCGAUACUCUGGGUAGACAACGUAAAACUCGCAAGGCACAAAUGGUGCGCGAAACUUCCAUUACUGCCAAAGAUGCCUAUAUUUUAGAACUAGAAACCGCUAUUAAAGAAUGCAAAAGCAGUUUAGAUGAUCUACAGAGCACAAUAUGUGAUAAAACUCGCAAGCCAGGGCCUCAAAAAAUAUCUAAGCUCUUAGGUAACUCUCAGUCCUCCACUGACUUAGUAAAACAUCUAAGUCAUUUAUUAAUUAACGAGUGUCAGGCAACAGAGAAUGAAGCUCAAACAGAGAUGGUGGCAGAGCUGACGCUGCGCUUCGAAACGCUGUUAUCACAGUGGAAGGCGCGUCAGCAACACGAUCAAAAUGCAAGCAAAUUGUCGGCUGCUUAUAAAGACAUCUGUCCACAUGAGAUCGGUCGUUUAACCUGUCCGCUCUGUACACAACGCAAUUGGCAGCAAAUCGACAAUGAUCUCUGGCGUCUCGAACAAUGGCUACAAUUUGCAGAAGGUACACAGAAAGUACAAAACACACCACCUUCGAAUAUUGAAUUGCUUGAAGAUGUAGUACAAGAUCAUCGAGAAUUCUUACUUGAUUUGGAAAGUCAUAAGUCGAUUAUUUCUUCUCUGAAUGUGGUAGGCGAACAUCUCGCUACGCACACUUUAGAUACAGAAAAAGCUAAGCAAUUACGUGAUCGAUUAGAGCAAGACAAUAAACGCUGGAAUACAGUUUGCAUGAAUGCCACCAAAUGGCAGGGUCUGUUACAAACCUCCCUAAUGGGUAACAGUGAAUUCCAUGCCAUUAUCGAUGAGCUGUGCAUAUGGUUGCAACAAACCGAAGCUAAAAUUAAAGCUUCCGAACCCGUGGAUCUUACGGAAGAUCGUGCAAUUUUGCAAAUGAAAUUUGAUGAAUUUAAAGGAUUAAGAGGCGAAUUGGAAAGAUGCGAACCACGUGUUGUGAGUUUGCAAGAUGCUGCUGAUCAGUUGCUACGAACGGUUGAUGGAACAGCUGGCGAAUCAACACACACUUAUGCGAGAACCCUUUCCAGAUUAACGGAUUUGCGCUUACGAUUACAAUCUUUGCGCCGACUAUCGGGUAUAUACAUAGUAAAACUUGGUGCCGUUCUGGGUGUGGAUGGUGAUCACUUGGGUGUACCGUUGCAAAUGCUACCCUCCGAUCUUUUGGAUCAAUCAGUAACUACCUUACCUUCUUCUACUUCUAUUCAGGCUGCCGCACCAAACACUGAAAAUGCAAACAACGAUGGCGAUGCUGCAGGUGGCGAUGCCAUCAAUACCACCGUGCUUGCGCGAGGCGCUCGGUUUCUAGGACGCGUUGCCCGUGCUUCGCUGCCCAUACAAGCUCUCAUGUUACUGUUAUUGGGUGUUGCCACACUUGUGCCCCACGGUGAAGAUUAUACAUGCAUGUUCACUAAUAGUUUUGCUCGCAGCUUAGAACCGGUUCUAACUUAUCCCAAUGGACCGCCGCCUACAUAAUCAGAGAUCAAUUUAAAAAAACAAUAACUGACAAAAACAUAACACGCAAAGUAAAAAGUGGCUUUUACGACGAUUAUAAGAAAAAAAAAAAAAUGAAA